GACUGCCGCCUAAAGUGAUUGUAGAUGGAGGAGUGGUGUGUCUAAGAAAAGGCGUGUUUGUUUGUGUUUCUGAUGAAGUCUGUGAGAGUGAAGAAUCUGAUUUUGGUGACCGAUUUGUGUAUGGCAGAUUUUGAAGUGUGUGUAACUUUAUACCACGGACUUGUACAGCACAUUGGCAAUGUGUGUUCACCUCUCCAGCUUUCAGCAAGUAUGCUCAAAAAUUUUUCUAUACUAAAAUGAUUUCACACUUUCUGCUUUUUUAAUAGACUUCCUAGCAACUAAGAAUACUUUUGUGGCUUUUUAUUUACAUGUAAAUUAUAUUAAUUAUAUAAGCUAUAAAGUUUUGUCUCUUUUAGCAGGGGCUGUCAAAAUUUGCAUAACUGGCAAGAUGGAGUUUUCUAGAAGCAGAUAAAAUUUUGAUACUGAGUUUUAUAAGAAAAUAGGUGCAAGAGUAAGUUCUGCAAGGUGAGAAAGGAAUUACAAAGUAGCAAAAUGCAACAAUGUAUUUCAUUAGCUUAGAGUUUGAAUGCGAAAUGCUUUCAGGAGUGGGAUUCUUAAAAAUGGGACUUUUCCUGACUUAUGUUUUCACUAGGAAAGUUAUUUACUGAUAUUGUAUUCCCUUGUAGCAUGUUUAACUCACUGCGUUGUGUAAUAUUGGGUAAUAUGCAAUGCAAGUUCUGAUAUGUCUGAAAUAGGUAAGAACUAGUGUGCACUAGAAAUGAUACAGAAUCUACAAUUAGCUUGUCCUGGCUUCCCUUCUGGUCAUUCUACUUUGAGAACUUGUCUCCAUAGAUUAGUUUGUGAAAUGUAAACAAAAUUCUGGGGCUAACAAAUUUCUGGUUUGUGAGAGGGAAAGAUGAAUUCUUCAGAGUGGCAAAAAGCACGGCCAUGAAGACUUCCAUUUGGGAUCUGGGAAGCUUCAGCGAGUCCCUGGCUUUAAUCAGCUGCAUUUUUUAUCCAGACCAGCAACUUAAAUUAGGUCCUCUCAUGACCUACAUAGCUUCCUCGAGCAAGAGUGAUUCUUUUGUGUGGGGCAGUUCUGGAAUGCAUCAGGGAGAUGAAACGCGCAAUGCUCUGAUGAAUACUGAGUCCCUUGCCGGGGUCUGCUGUGUCAGGAGAGGUGGAGGGGAGCACCCUACAGCAGGUUCGUGGAACUCAGUGCUGGGUAUGGCAUGCCAAGAAAUUUAAUCAGAUCUCCUGAGCCCAGUACCCUCCAGAAUGCAGGACAGUAGGAUGCAGUUCGCAUGCUAUUUUUCUCUCUCUUAUUCAAAGUGUAUUGGAUUUUCUGUUAUGGAAAGUGGGAAAAUAAAAGCAAAGAAGAAGUUUUGUGAGAUAAAAAAUAGUUUUUUCUUCCCAGCUCUGCUGAGUGGGACAAUUCUCUUCUAGCAAAAGACCUUGUUGCAUUAUUUAUGGUACUGUCUCCUAGACCAAAUUUAUCUACCUGCCUUUUCAGAUGCAGAAAUAUCCUUUUAAAUGUGAAAAGUGUUUUCCUUUAAGUUUUUUUUUCUCUAUGGUUGGAUAUGCCUCUCCCCUCUCUUCAUUCCUAAACACUCAGUCUUAACAAUAUAGAUUUGUUCUAUCCAGUCUUAACAAUACAGAGUUCUUUUCUUUUCUUCAUGUAUGUAGCUAAUGGGUCUUCCAGGUCUUGGAUUCUAUUAGAAAUAACUAAUAAUGAAUGGCAAAGUGGAAUUUUAAAAUUUGCAUGACAAAAUAAGUUUUCUUUCAUUUAUGCUUGCAACAAAAUAGUCAUUUGAUUUAUGGCAUUAUAUCAUAGAAAGAUAAUUCUGCGUAGGCCACAACUUGAAUCUAAUUAGAACACUCCUGUAUUGUAGAAAUGCAUUCCACACAGAGUAGUUUCUAUAUUUAUCAGAUAAACAGUAUAAAUCAUGGAAUAAGGACCGAAGUAAGGUUCAAAGGCACUGAAAGGUAAGAACUUAAUAAUUCUAAAAUAAUUUUACUUUUCAUGUAUAGCAACGUGGAAGAAUACUAAUAUGUAUAUAUUUAAUUUUCAGUUUUGUUUUGUUUUCAUCUUGGAGUAUAACAAACUUCUGAAAGAGCCUAUUUGAAACAAAAUUGUAACAACUUCCUUGAAGGGGUAAGUGAGCAGUUAAGUGUGUAGCUAUUUUGGUGAAGAUAAAUAACAAUAUAAGGAAUGAUAACAUAUCUUAUUUAGCAUAAAUAUUUGUAAAAUAUCAUCUUUUUGUCCUAAGUUAGACCUAACUAAUGGAAUGUAUUUUGUAGCUUAAUGAAUGUAUCAGGACCAGAAUGGAGUUUCUUAGAAAAGAAUGAAAUUUACCCCAGUGUCUCAUAUUUUCUAGCAUUAAAAACCUAAUUCUGCAGAUGUAAAACAUGCUCAUUAGAAAGAAUAACAAUGCUUUUCUGGGACAUUCAGGUUCAGCUGUCCAAAACGACAACUGUUACAGCUUCUUAAUGCUGAGUUAGCCUGAAAGGUGUAAACCAGAAGUAUUGGCUUGCUAGUCUAGAUUGAUUCAGAGGCUGCAUAAACCAAGCAGCUUUUUUUACUGUUGAGGUUGCAGGAUUUUUAGCACCCUUUGCACAACUGAACAGGUAUUUUAAAAUUUACAAAUGAAUACGUGUGAAAAUGUUUAUAAGUAUUAUAAAAAGUAUACAUGCUUAUAAAUAUUAUACAAGUUUAUUAGUAUUUUUUCAAUUGUUCCAAAUAUAAAUUUUCUGUCACUUCUACUGGAGAUGUUGCUGCUUCUUGGCCUUGAACAUGUAGUUAAUACACACAAAAUUUAUACUGUUCACAUAGAGAAAUGUGUUAAUUUUGUUAAAAGACCUUGCAGUGUUUUUUGUCCAUCUUGAGCUUUGAGAGGAUUUUCAACAUGAAUGCAAGUAUUGUGAAAAUGAAAAUAAUACUACAUGUUUUUAUAGGUGAUUUUGCCAAUAAGCCUACUGUAAACUGACUUUUACAAGGAACAAGUUAAGGUGGUAAAAGGAAAAUAGUAGUUAAAGAAGAUAGCAAAAGUCUAUUUAUUGAUCCAUCAUGACACAUGGGUAAAUGAAGAAGUGGGAACUCAAUCUAAUAAUGUUUCCUUUGGGGAAAUGGAACGCUUUCAGCAGCUUGCUGCCAUGAGCUGCAACUUACUGCCACUGCACUUUUAUGUUUAGAUAUGUGGCUUGUAGCAUGUUUUAUCAUAUGUGAAAUAAGUCACUCUUUCUUAAAUCUGUUCCUGGUAAAUGUCUGCAAAGUAUAAAGCAAAACAGGUGUCCAUGCAAAUGGAUGAAGUGAGAAGCUUUCACUAAGAUAAGGACUGGUGCUGGGAUAGCAGAGGUUCCUUGGCUUGGUUGUAUGACUGGAAAGGCACAUGGAAGCUCUCACGGUGGUUGCCCUCAUUACAGGGAGAGCCUGUGGAAGUGUUUCUCACUUCCACAUUCAUGCUCUUGUGAACCGAAGUCGUGUGGGAACAAGAAGCCAUGCGCAUCUGUGCCCUUCUUCCCUUUGAGAGCUUGCAAAAUGGAGUCACACAGUUCUUUUAUAUGCAUGUGAUUCAUUUUCCGGGAGAUUUGGAUGGUAUGUGAAAGGAAAACUGUACCUUAAGGUAAAAAAGGAAGAUAAGGAAACAGAUUGAAUUUGUUUUACAAAGCACAUUUCUAAGGUAUCCUGUUUUGGUGAAAAUGGUAAGUUAAGAAGGUUGAUAAAGUUAGUCAGUAAAGAGAAAGUCAUAGAAUCACCUCCGGAGGAUGGAGUUGUCUUCCCCAGAGACUGGGAGUUGAACUCCUCAUUGAAGUUAGUGAAGCCUGUGUUGGAUGCAGAGAGAGAGAGAGAGAGAGAGCGUGAAAUCCACCUGACUUUGGAAAAUUGGAAAAGCUGCAAAUAAAUCCAACAGGUCUGCUGCCUUUUUUUUUUUAACAACCUGAUUCCAGAAAGUGAAUUAUUAGAGCUUUUUGCUUAGCUGUGUGAAAAUAGUAUUUUAAAUAUUCAUAGAAUUAUUAUGUAAAAUUGCACUUUCUUUACAUAUAGUGUUUUAUUAUAUACAAUAGAAUUUUCUUUAAAAUCUUGUAACAUUCUCAAAAGCAGUGUAUAUGGAUUUGAAUAAGGACAGCUAUAUAUUAAUCAUCUUUAAUGAAAUAGGUUACGUUACAUACAGUUCUUAAGUAUCAAGGGUCAUAUUCUGCCUUCAGUUAAAUUUUUACAGCUUUAGGGGAAGCAGUGGAGGACAUGAUUUUCCCCUAAUUUUAAUCAGCUUAACACCUGUUUUCUGGAGAAAGACACAAAUGAUGGCGUUAGGCCAUGGGUCUGUGUUUAGAAGCUGUUGAGACAGUUGUUCAACCUGUUUACUUGCUCAGAUACAAUGGUGUCUUAAAUUGCCAAAACAGAUUGUGGAAAAUUUUUCAGGAGAUGUUAACAAGGCCUGGAGCUCUGUUUGUAGGAUACUGCGGAUACUUGUCUCUAAGGGCUUUUUCCCCUCCAUUGAAUUCAAGUGAAGGAGAAGAACAGCAUGAAAGGGAACAAGAAAACCUGACAGCAACAUGAAUGUCUACAUUUCACAAAACCAACCAUGGCACAUCAACGAAGAGAUUGGGUAAGCAUGUUAAAUCACAUCCAAAAAGAGAUUAUAUUGUUCUAGGCAUUGCUGGGAUUUUCACUGCUUCUGAAGUUAAUCACAAUUUAUCUGACUGUCUUUAUAUUCCUAAUAAUGAUUUUCUUUGUUGUUUCAUUUGGAAAACAUGUAUUUAAUUAUACAUGAUAACUUUGUCUGCUAACAGACAGAAUAGCACUUGCUGACCAGCAUAUGGAGUGCCUUGUGCCCGUAGCAGCCAUGGAAGUCUUGAUGCAGCAAGAGCCUUCUGUUCCCCUUGGUUCCUCUGACAGUUUGACAUGAACUGCAACUCCAGGAACUAUUCAUAUUUGGUAUGCUUUAGGCUUAAUUCCACACAACUGCAUUUCAGAUGUGCUGUAUAUAACUCAUGUAAUUAAGCAUCUGCCAGUUGUUUUCAACAGCAUUUUUUCCUAGUUGGAAGCUAGGAAGCUGAAUAUGUCAUCAUUCCUGUGCCAACACCAGUGUUUCUCUGCAUGAAGGUGGAACUCCUAGUGUGCUCCCGUGCAAUGAACCUACAUGCACAGAGUCAUGUCCAACCUUGUCCCCUUUCUGGAUUUGUUUUCUGAUCUUGCUUUGUAUAGAUACAUACAAAUGAAAAUUGUGAGAAGCCCCAGGUGCUUUGGCUUUCUGAUAUUUCUGUGUUGAAGUUUUUGACUUCUCAUUUUGAGUAAGCAGAAAUAAUUCUGCCUUUAAAUAUAUAGUCCUAAUAAAUGCUUUAGAAAUGACUUAGCAAAAUAUUCACAUUAAUUUUCAUUGACUGUGAGUAUUUUUUGCAGAUUUUUAUACAGCUUUCAUAUACUGUAUAGGUAUCAGAAAUUUGUAAAAUGAAUGAACACGUGCUGAAGAAAUGAUGAGUCUAAAGAAAUGUAAGUAAUAUUUACAUAGAACUUGUGCUAAAUGAGUGACUAGAAACUUUUGAGAAGUCAUUGCAAAUCUCCAUGUGUAUUCUACUUGAAAAAGACACGUCUUUCUUUAAUGAUCAUUAUCAAAGUAUUAUGCAAAGUUAAAAAAAAGACAGUGUUAAAUUAGCCCCAUUGGAUAUGAAUUCUUUACCUACAUUUUCGGUAAAAAGUCUUAAAUUGUUUAAAGGCACGUUGCUUUGUCCACUUUUUCCUGCUUUGAUCCCUGUGUGGAACAACAGACACUAAGCAUUCAGCUUUGUAAUAUUUUCUUUCAUUUACUGUUUGUUUACUUUACGGUAUGAUAUUCUGCACAUCAUAAAAUGUAAAACAACCUCUAACUUAUUUGUGGAGUUUUCCUCAAAACUUCUUUCUCUCUUCCUUAACUGUAUUGAAUGAAAUUGUUUUCAGAGUUGUCUAAGAAAUGAGGAGGGGUUGGAAUCCCCUUUUAUGCAGUCCUUCUUUACAUGAAGAGCUAGAGCACAGAAAUUGAAGCAUCCAUGCUAAUCCAAUAAGUGGCACCAAGGGUGAACUAUUGCAGGUAGAAGGAGGGACAGCCUUUGCUAGGGAAUUUUGCAGCUGUUUGCUGAGGAGCAAAAGAUGAGUGAGAAUCCAGAGCAGUGUGUUCAUGAUUCAUCAGGGGUGGUGCUGACUUAUUUUUUUGUCCCUAUAACUUCUCAGGUUCCCUUUUUUUGUCUCCCUUUCUUAAUCCUUGUGAUAUACAUGGCAAUAACUCCCAACGUGUGGGAAGAAAGAGGAUUUUUAGACCUCAAAACACCAAAUGAAAGGAUACUUUUUGGGGUGUCAGAUACUCAUUAUAAUUGUUACGUAUGAAUCUGUCAGUACAGGUGGAAUUGCAUAAUUUAAUUGACUUUAACUACUGGAAAAGUUCUGUUGAGCAGGUGGACUUUCAGUUUGCAGUAACAUAUAACUCAGUCAUAUUUGGUCAUAUUCCAUGGGAGCAGUAAAACAGAUAACCCUAACAUGGUGACAUUCUUCACCUCCUGAAGAUCACCAUCCUGGUCCAGAGCAAGAAAAGCAUUGGAGUCUGUCUGUGACAGUCAGAAGACUCUUUUGUGAUGCAGGUGGAAAGGUGCACAGCUCUUCACCAGAAAGAACGGAAGCACUUUGCCAUUGAGAAAUUGGAAAAUAAACCCCUGCCCAAGAGAGGCAAUUGCAUUUGGAAAAACUGUUAGCAUUAAAAACAGGGAUUUAUAAUGUGUGUCAGAGAGCUAUUAGAACCCAUACUUUCCAUAAUAGCAUUUGGUGUCUAAAUUCGGAGGAGCGUUUGGGGAAAUUCAUUGAAACACUAACUCCAAAUUUAUACUGAAAUUCUGGUAAGCUACUAAUGUGGGAGAGAAAUGCUACAUCAGCAAAUUUUAUAAAGUGGAAGUGCUUGUCUAUCAGAAUCGAUUGUAUUUGGACGUGAAUGGCAUGUGACCCUGGGACAAUUUCUGCAUGGGGAGGGCUCCCUUUCAGCAGCCCCACAGUAAGGAUGGAGAAGUGACCUCAAAAGAAUCCUCACAAAUGUGAAGCUGAAACUGUCCUCAGAGAUGCAGGGGGAAAUAUUUUAGGUUAAGUGGAUCUCUGGUAGUCAAAGCAAGCAGAUGUAAUGCCUACGUAGCUGCCUCUAAAAUGCUGUUAUUCCAUCUGGCUUAAUUCUGUAGGCUUGAUUAGAAAAAAACUCAUUUCUCUCCCUUUUUAGCCAGUAGGAUAUAUAUUAUUAUUGUGGUUUAAUAAUAUUUUUUUUUCUAGGAUUUCAGAAGUCCUUUUUAUAAAUUUAUUGAACAAAUUGCUGUACUACUGCUUAUUUUCUUCUGUAUCACUGCUUUCCUAUGAAAUUAGUUGACUACAAAAGUUACAGAGCCUUCAUGAUGUUAAAGUACAUCUCAAAGUUUCAAAAAGUGUUUUUUUUUUUUUUCUGGUUAAAAUAAUGAUAAAAUAGAAAUAUCUAGUUAGGAGAUAUGAAAGAAAAAGAUACCAAUUUAUGUCUUACUAGUUUCAUCAUCUGUUUGUGACAUAACAUUUAUAUUGCAAGGCAAGGCUUAUAUGAAAGACAUCAGUAAUUUAAGAAACUACUACAUAAUCUUCAAAUAUGUAACACAGUGUUUCAUGGACUUAAUUUUUAAUCCGCACUAAUUACCGUAUCUUGUCAACAGAUGCAUGUGUUAUAGAUACAGAAGUAAACUUUUAGGUCAAUAUGUACUUAUUUAAAACAUCCUAACAUCCUAACUGGAGGCUAAAAUGGCUAUGUGAAUGUGCAUAUAAAAUUUACUGUUAUGCUAUUUUCACAUUUUGCUGCACUAUUGACUGUUGUGCACAUGGUGCUUUGCACUGUAGGUUAGAGAAUGAGAAAUUCCAAGGUGUAAUGAAGAGAGCUACAAAAAGUGUUUUGUGGCAACUGUUGUAAGCACUAGUCUGUCAUCUGACUGAAGGAUUCGAGUCUUUCAUUAAACACUAGUGACUUCAAGACUUAACUGACUUGGAAAAUUCCUGAUAUUUAAAUAUAUGGCUUUUUCUGCUGUGGUAGUAAGCAACUGAAUCAUGACAAUAUCCAAACAACUUCUUUUUCCUGUAUAGCUUGAAUAUAAGCAAUUAAGCAAUAUAAAAAUCACUGAUCGUUUUUAAAGAAUACAUAUUUUUGAAGCCAAUGGUUUUUUACAUAUAUUAAAAAGAGAGUGAAAAUAAAAACUCUUUUCAUAGUAACUCAACUUGGGAGCUAAUUAAAGUGAAGCUUUUAGAGUAAGAAAAAAUGAAUUAGCCAAAAAGUUGAGAACCAGGACUUAACACCUCCAGAGAUCCUUGAGUAUUUAAAUGCCUGCUAGGAAAAGAAUUUCUUAUUUCCUUGUUUUCCUAUAUUGUCCAUUACCCACUUAUAAUUUCAGCUUUUAAUUUUGUCUUAUCUGAUGGCUUUGUGCUGUGCGUCAGUUGCUACGGCAGCAUCUCAGGCAGUAAACCUCCUGCUGAAGAACAAGAUGCUCUGCUUCUUCUAAAGCUAAUAUCAGCUUUAAUCUUGAUCCCUGGAGAUUGGAAUGUCUCACCCUUAUGAUGCUCACAGACUCCAUUGACCUUGACAGCAGGGGUAUCUGGUCCUCUGUGGCACUCAGUUAUUUUUUUGCAUGUUAACACAUAUGUCUGUGAUUUCCUUAGCCUGUCAAUAGAUACAUUAGUUGUCACAAAGCCAGCCAGCACUGUAGUAGGUGUAAAGAUUAAACAUUUAACUGUCCUAACACAAGAGGGGAAGUAACAAAAGUUUGCAUGUGAUGUUUCUGCUUGUGUAUACAAAGAUCUCGAAGGAUAAGAGUUUAGUUUCCCAAAAAGCAGAUCAAAGUGACACAAGUAUUGCUUUCUAACCCUUUCUGCUCUUGUAUAUUCAAUUACCGAUUUAGUUACAGAAAUGUUUGUGUACUUUUUUUGAAAGGUUCUUUCUCUGGCUCGCGUCAACAGAAUCUGGCUGUUAGCAACCACAAUAUUUUAAUGGAAAGUGAAGUAUUUCUUUACAGAUCUGCCUCGAGUUAAUUUGCUUGUCUCCUGUCUUUCCUCAGUUGGUGACUCAGUGACCCUGUUCAGUCCCCCAGAAAAAUGAGGCAUAAAGGGGCAGAUAGUGAAUAUUUCGCUAAGCAAGCCACACGCAGCAAAUAGAGGGAGUCUGAACCUCAAUUCCUGUAGUGACUAAAUACUGGACUUUCGGAAAGUCUAGUCUGAGGAAAAUGAGGUGGGAAAUGAGGUGAGGUGGUUGUUUUCAGCCUUUCUGAUCCUCACUCCUUUUGCCUUUGCUUUGUUUUGGCUUCCUGCUUUCUUCACUAGGGAAUGAUGGUGUAAAGUUAAUCCCUACCCAGUUUGUCCAGUGCAGCCCUUUUCCAGCCUUUAGAAUAGAGAAAUAUACUCGAGUGUGUGACUUAUGUUGCUGGGGUUAACUGCAUAAUAACUGGGGUUAACUGCAUAAUAGGGCAUCUCUUUCCAGUUUCUAGAAUAUUGAGUGGCUAAGCAGCUGAGGAGAAUAGUGUGGCUGCUGUGGAUUUUGGCACAGCAGAGGUGGAGGAAAAGGGGAGUAUUGGCUUGCCAUGGGGAAGCUGUGGCAAGACCCAGAGUCUGGUGUCUUCAGGCUGUGCCUCAGCAUACCGAUACUGAGCAGAGGUCCUGCUCCCUUCUCUUCUUAGCGAGUAGAACAAAGGCACUUUGUUAUCUUUUCUCUGGAAUGGUACUGGUUACCAUUAUGUUGCAGAGCUCGGGCCACUCAGUAGUGCUGCUCCCUCAGACACCACUGAUGAGAAAUGAAGGAUUCAGAGGAUCUGGGAAGAUGCCUCCAUCUCAUCUCUCAUGUUCUCUUGUCUGCUCAGCAGGGACACGUGUUCUAGUGUGGGCUGGGCUGCCCCUGGGACAAGGGAAACGGCCAAAGGGUUUCUUUGCCUGUGCCAGGAGAGCUGUAGAUAUGACAAGGGCAGCAGGCAUAGAAUGAGGUCUCUUGUUUGGCAUUGCCUUUUGUUUAGCAUUCCUUUCUGUGCAGUGCAUGUUUCUGGCUCAGAUAACAGCUGGCAUGCUGUCUUGAACUGAGAAGUUCAGUUAGCAGUCAGGUUCCUAUUUAACAAAAAUGAACUGGAUGAAAGGCUCAAAAAAGCCUGGUGGUGAUAAAAAAAAUCAAGGGAUAAGAGGUUAAAUGAUCAGUCUGUCUCAAAAAUGGGUAGAACAGAUACUGAGAAGACAGAAGAGAGGACCAAGGUUUAAGUAUGAAAAAAAGACCGAGUGCAAUAAAACUAUAAAUUCAGAUAUCAUAGAGCUGGAAAAGAUAACAUGAUUAUUUACUGUUUCUUAUAAGGCAAGAACUAGGAGCAGGGAGUGUAAUUAUCAGGCAUCAUACUUAAAAGAAAAAAAAAAUGAGGCAUGUAAUCAGACUGUGAAACUCAUUAAUAUAGGAUACAGUGAAGUCUAAAAUAAAAACAUACAUUGAAAGAAGGAUUAAACAAGCUCAUGGGAGUUAAAUCCAUCAGGAUCAUCAUCAAGGUAAUCAUCAUCCAUCAAGGGGAUCUUCUAAUUGUCCUGCCACACCUUACAUGGCAUUGCGGGACUGUCUUGGAGUCUGCAAAGUGGAUUCAUUCCAGAUGUAACUAAACUGAAUGAUGCACUCAGGCCACUAAAGUGUAUCCAGUCUAUUGGACCAGACUAGAGCUGGCCCAUAGCUACUCCCCUCUGCUGUGAAAUAUGGACUUUAUGUCCACAGCACCAACUAUUUCAUUGUACAGAUCUGUUCCUGUUGUGCUGCAGUGCUUGCUAAUGGAAACAUUACUUAUGUUAUCCUGCUUAGGAGUCAGUUGUCACUUCAAAGUUGCAUUCCUGUAAGACUGGAGAGUGAUACUAUCUGCAAAUUCAGGCUUUAAAAUUCAGAAAGCAUAAGGGUGGAAAUAGUGGGUGCUGAAAAUCACAUUGUUGCAUGACCUCUGUUUGCCCUGUCAAGGGGUCACUGAGGCUUGUCUGGUGUGUGCACUAAACUUGUAAUUUAUGUUCAUGGAGGAUGUCAAGAGGAAGAUUCAUGUCUGGAUGUGCAGGUGCUCCAUUAGGAUUUAGAAAGACAUGGAUGGAUUAGGUGGUUAUUGCAACAUGCAAAAUUAGCCUGGUCAGAGACCCCUGACAGGGAAGCUUGGUGCAUAACCAGUGAGCAAGGCUGCAACUGAUAAAGCCUCAAAAUGUUAAUGGAAAUGGCCUUAAGUUGCGCCAGGGGAAGUUUAGAUUGGAUAUUAGGAAAAAUUUAUUUGAGAAAGGGUUGUCAGGCAUUGGAACAGGCUGCCCAGGGAAGUGGUGGAGUCACCAUUCCUGGAGGUGUUUAAAAGAUGUGUAAAGAUGGUGCUUGGGGACAUGGUGUAGUGGUGGAGUUGGCAAUUUUAGGUUAACAUUUGGACUCAAUGAUAUCAAAGGUCUUUUCCAACCUAAAUGAUUCUGUGAUUCUGUUGUAUCUGAUAUGAUGGGUCUGAACUUUUGGGGAUGACUUACUGCAUCUGUCAGAUGUAGGAACAGACUUUUGCCAUGAUUUUGAGUGUGGAUCAGCAGAAGAUAGGCACACAGACACUCUGUGUGUGUGUGUAUGUAUGUGUGCCACAGGAGGAAAGGUAGGAAGCCAGAAAAGUAGCCAUGCUGGUUGCUUUAGCUUUGGGAGCAGUGUGUAAAUAUAUGCCAGAUGUAUAAAUGACGUUUGGGAGUAGAGUAUAUCCUGCGAUUAUAAACGAGACUUAGUAUUUAUCUGGUAGGUUUGUGCCUGUAGAAAAAGAUACUUCUAUGGUCCAGAACAGCUUAAGGAACUUGGACAAUCCAAGGAAAUCUGCUCCAUGUUAGCAGUUUGUUUACAUUUUGCAACAUGACCUUUUCUGAGAGCAACUCCAAAUAAGAGGGAGAAGGUUCAAAACUGAGGCACACAGUCCUAUGUGAAACUAAUAAAGCUGACUGUUAAAAAGUAUCCUGUCGAUCUGGUGUUCAUUCACCUGCCUAUCCUGAUCCAUGUUUGGUUUCUGUUCUGAGAUGUGUCCUGCACAAAACAGGGCCAUUUGCUCAGUCCUAUUUCUUAUCAGUUUUCAAGGACUGGCUAGACAGAAGAGAGGCGUUUCAGGAAGUUUCCUGUGUAAGGAGCACUUUGACUCACUUCAGUUAGGAACAUUGUGUUGUAAGUGCCACUGAGGCACAGAAAUCUUGUCAUAGAGGUUUUGAACCUGAUCUUGAAAGUCUUGAGAUUUUUGGCCUUCAAUAUCUAACCCGGUGUUACCUGAGGUUUUUCAUGUUAGUCAGACAAUUUGUGUUAAUUGUGACUGAUUGCAUGGAUCAACCAUUGCUGUUUGAAAAUAGUUACACCUAAAAUCUAUCACUUCUACUAUCUUUACUAUUAUUAGCAUUUUUUCUUUGGCUGUAUUUUGAUAAUUAGAGUUCACUUUUAGGAUUCCAUUCUUAGACACACAUACCUCCAGUAAUAUGAAAGAAAUGUCAUAAAUGCAAUGGUCUAAUCUUGCCAGUUUCUGGUCUUUGAAUUUUAUUUCUGAAAGCUAAUCAAUGUCUGCUUUCCAGAGUAACAGGUAGAAGUAAUUUGCCAGGGUGUUCAUAUGUAACAGUACCUGACUCUUAUGUGAGGAUGUCUAUGUAAUGUUACAGAGGGACUGGCAGAACUGGAAGCUCAAUGAAGCUACUUUCUGUGAUAAAAGACUUCACAUUUUGCUGUGUCUUUAAUGUAUUUCACCUUCAAGAAACUCUUUUCUCUCUCAUCUUGCCACUUUGCAUGGUUAUUACUCAGUACCCAUGUGGCUGAUGGGUCUUCUAAAUAGUGGGUUUUUCUUUCCUCUUUAUAGCAGCCCUGUUCCAAACAAGUUUUCUACCAGCACCACUGGAUCAGAACAACCUUCUCUGUCAUUGCCUUCUGCAAAACUAAUGGGCAGUUUUUAACUCUUUUUAUUGUCUUACAUCCAUUGUUGUCUCUUGGUGUGCUCUUGCAGCACAGCCUACUGAGAAAUCUUUCUGUCUCUUCCCAUUGUUAUCCUUUCUUCCCCCACCUCUCAUCAUCCUUGGUUGCCUGCCUUCAUAGCAGAUAUCAGGGGAAACACUGAGUUAACCCAACCAACUGCUGACAGGGAAAUCAGUAAAGCUAGAGUGGGAGAGAAAAGCAAAACAUUAAAUACUAAUGUAUUAUGCCUCAGACAGUGCCAAAUUCAGAGAAUAAUGGAGAGAUUUUGAUAUCCUCAUAACUAUGGAUUCCAUAGUGCACUGGCUGAGAUUAACCAGGAUUCACAAUUUCUGCAGCCUCUCUGCACACUCCAACUUAAUUUUAAACAGUCUGUCAGGUUCCCACAAAAGCUAUAUUUUUUUUUUUUUUAAUUUUGUGUUUUCAUAUUACGUCUGUGGUUGUUGGAGAACAGUUUAUGGGCAAGAAGUGAGCUCUUGGAGAUUCCAGCGUUUGAUACGGAGUUUAGGAAUGCAUAAUGCUCUGUGGUCUGUCUGUAUUGUACGUCCACCUGUUUUGAAGAGAAGUUUCAGUAAUUGCUUUGAUCCAUAAAGCCCUAAAUAUCUUGGUAGCUAUUGCCUCCUUCACAGUCUUAUAUUGUUAGUUUGAGCAAGAGAUCACCUACUGCAGAGCUGUGCUAGGAAACUUCAGUCAGGUUUUCUUCAGUGGAAUCUCAAAAGUCACACCUUAGGGCAGAGGCAAAUUAUAUUUGCAGAGUAGUUCUACACAUUCCCCAGAUGCAAAAUAAUAUUCAGGCAGAAGUACUUUUCCUGAUGUAUCUACAGUAAGGAUUUUGCUGAAAUUAAAGUGCUGUAAAGUAUCACAAUUAACAUUUCUAGAUUAAGAGGACAUCCAGAUGAUGUUUUUUUUUUAGAAGGAAUAUUAGCCCGUCAGGCCAUUCCACUUGCACUUACCUAUUCCUGCUUCAAAUUUCUGGAAUUUGGGCAUGCUGGAAAGCUUGUACUAAGUGGGAAUUUGUGGAGCUCAGCUUCUUGAGAUAAGAAUUUAAAUGUACAGAAACGGGAAAAUAGUUUUUCAGGAAUGGAAACAAGGAGAGUUCAGCUACUUGUGGACAAGCUGUUAAUUUGUUCUUAUUUUCUCUGAUUUUGAUUACAUUUGUAAUGGUUCAUCAUUGAGCCUCAAGAUAUUAAAGAUACUUUUUCAGAGACAUUUGUCCUAAAAAGAACCAAAGGAGUUCAGUGGUGUUGUCUCUCUUCCCAUUCUGCAGGUGGACUGAUAAGGAUUUUAAAGUAAGUUUAAUGCCUUUUUUUUUAACUUAAGUGACUGGCACUGCAGAAUUUCAAUGGUUGUAUAGUGGUUUUCCUAAUUAAUGAUAGACAUGUUGGAAAUCUAGGAAAAUAUAGAAAAUAAUGUUGAAAACCUUUAAUCACAAUGAAUAACAGUCCUUUACUUGAUGUAAAAAAAAAAAAGAUUAUUGAGAAAAAGAGAUCAUAUGAGAAUAUAGGCUUUGAGAAAUUCCUUGCCUGUUGAUCUCAUAAAGCUUUUUGUAAAGGCAACCAGAUUGAAAUAUCAGCUGUAACUUCACAUGCUGUAUUUGUUCAUGCAAACCAAGGAGGCUCCAGGUUUGAUGUGUGAAGGAGCAUAGCUCAAGAUCUCCCAGUCUCCCAUAUCUUUUACUUCCAAGAUCUGGUAUUUAGCUAUUCUACCAGACUGGAGCCUUUCCCCUCCUUCCCUUUGUCCUUCUCCAGCUUCACCAAGAAAACUGAAGCUGAGCUUCUGUGUGUCUCCCAUUCAGGUGAUGCUCAGCAUAAGACAAGAAAUCUAGAUGGUCACAACCAGUGUGCCCUCACAGCAAAGGUCCUUUUUGUCCUCUCAACUCUGUCUCUUCUCUGGAAGCAAGUGGUGUAACUUCCAGGUGAGACCGGAAUUACAGACAUCUUUGGCCAGUUUUGCCAGUGAGGUGUACUUAUGUGUCUCUGACAGUCCUGCUUUCCUUUUUUACCUGGGACAGUCCUCUGCCAGCUUGGGGGUUGGUGACGUUCUCCUGAGACUCUCUGCUAACGUCUCACGGGGGUGGAGUGUGUUUCUCGGAAUGGGAUUCAUCUCAUGUUACCUUGUUAUUUUAAUUACAAAAAUGCCAGGAAAUGUAGAGGCACAGCUGCAUUCUCAUAUGAAUUCACUUAAACAAUAAAUCUGCAUACUUGUUCCAAAGACUUUUAGUUGUCAGGGUGCAGGAGGCUAAACCUCUUGGAAGAUCUGUGUGGCCAGCUUCAAAUGCCAUGCCAGCAGAUUGUUGCAUUAAGGGGAAUCCCUUAGCUUGUGUGUAAGCCUAAAAAUGAGGAGACAUCCUGCUACUCUUUUUUAUUUUAUUUUAUCACACAGGUUUCACUGCUAAACUGGGUCUACAUUGUUUCAUCUUCUAUGUUCAUUUUGCAAACCAUUUUUUAGGGUCAUAUUAGGAUUCUGCUUCACCAAACCAGGAGUAGUUUAAGUCUUGGUGCGUGUACUUAGUGCUGUAGGUAUGACUUAGGACAGUUUUCCUGAAAUGAACUGUAGAAUAUUGUUAACGUUUUUAGAUUUUUCAGAAGCUUUCUUGCACUGACACGUAAUGACUGUAGCAUGUAUGUGAUGCGAAAACGGGAUCAAAUGUGAUGAUAGAAAGCAUGGUUCAUUUUAUUCACAUGCAGUCAUGCAACCCUCACUUUUCUACAAGCAGACAUAUUUUAAUUGUUAAGCAAAGUUUAUUUAUAUUGGAGUCAUUUCUCCAAAUGACCCUGGCAAUUUACAGUCCCCUGUAGCUAAUAGCUUUCUGAAUACAAACAGUGAUGCCUGAACUCUGUAGGUGAAUAAAGUAAUGCUUUGCUGUGUGUUAAGAGGAAUAUUCAAGUAUGCUUUUGUAUGGUACUAAAAGCUAUUUAAUCUUUCUUAUCAACAUUUUACCUUCAUGUCCUCAUAGACAUUCAGCAAUUUUUUAUUCUACUUUUGUUAGUGUGAUCUCUUCUUAAGUUAGUUGCCCAUUAGAAACAUUGUUUAGUUUUCCCUUUGCUUUAAUGACAAUUCUUUUUAAAAAGAAGUCUGCUACCACAUGGCUAGCAAUAAUCAGUCUCCCCAACCCCACACCCCCUUUUUUUUUUUUAACAUACUUUCUUGAUUUCAUUAGUUUUUUAUCUGGAAGCGAAGUUGAGAGAGUCAUAGCUUAUUGAAAUGAUGGUUUAUAAAGACUCGGUAUUUUAAACCAAAUUUCUUUUUGGUAUCCUGAAAGUCUUGUUCUUCUAUAGCGUUUUGUCAACAUCUCUGCUCUGUCUGUGCUUUCACACACAGAUGCCUUCCACACUUCCCCCUCAUACAUCUGUAGCUUUGGCAGGUUGAUUAGAAAUGCUCUUAAGUCAGCACAAAGGAAAUCAAGGCUUUUAAAAUUCUCACUUUAAAAAAAUUUUCUGGAUUUUCUGACUCAGUCCUAAUUCUGUAAAUUUUGCUGGAAUUUUUUUAUGGAAGUGCAAUGUUAGAUAAUAAUGAAUGAUGAGUCCUCUGCUCUGUGGGAAUCUGCUUGACAGAGUGUUAAAAAGUAACCUUAAUAAAAAUAAAGUGAUAAAGGUGCUAAUGGCCAAUGUGGUGACAAGCUGUGGUGUUUGAAAAAACUAUUUAAAAAACCCUAAAUCAUCAUUUAAUUCAUCAGGCUUCUUAAUUCUGAAAUCUAUAAGCAGGUCUUACAUAUAUCAAGAGCACAACAUCACAGGUAAAUCUUGUUUUGCAGAACUGAGGGGAGAUUUCUGCCCGUAAGCUUCACUUUGAAAACGUGCUUUAAGAAGAGAAACAUUGAUAGUGAGAGAGACCUCUGAGUAGUGAAAAAAACCUGUGGUAUGUUUUUAAAGAGCAAUGCUAUUGUUAAAUUUUGUCUGUAAUAGACCUGCACAUCAACAUUUGUGCACACAACCAACCAUUACGUAAGCUGUUUAGAUCAUUAAACUGGAUAUAUGUAAGGUUCUACAGAAGGGAUGCAUGAACAAAGUAUCAUUCAUCAGCAUUCCAUGGUAACUGUGUACUUCCUUCUGGCACCUUUACUGUUUCUUUUUUCUUAAAGGAAAUGGGAUAAUUCAGGGCGGGCUAGUCCUUGAUCAGAGAGGUGUAAAGUAUCUUACAUGAGUAACUUUUAAUUUUUGUAAUGGUCAAUGCUAAGAAAAUAUUUUAGUAUUAAAAUUUCCAUUACUAAGAAAUAUUCUUAAGAAUUAAGAAAAUGUUCAUUAAGAAACUUUUUUUGAUAAUUGAAAGCUGUAUAACUGGAUUUUAGUAGCCAACUUUAACCUAUAUCAGGACAGUUUAUAAAUUUAACAGGUGACAGCUUUUUAAAUAAGUUCCUUAGUCAAUAUGGGUGACUUGAUGCCAAUUCUCACCCUGAUAGAGGAGAAGAAUUAACUGGCAAUUAAAAAAUGAGCAGUUAUUAUGGCUAUGAUCUGAUUAAAGUACUUAUAUGUGAGCAGAUCAUGAUUCCAGGCAGUACUGUGUUUAUUUGGACCUUUAAAAGGCUCUAUUUGCAAAGCUUAAAGUAAUUAACUUAAGGGUAGUAUAACUCUAAACAAACAGUAAUAUAAAUAUGAAAAGCAAAGUUAAACUGCACAGCAUUGGUCGUGGUUAAGAAGUGGUAUUCACAAUGGACCUCAGAAAGGGGAUAAAGAAAAAAUGACACAAGUUUGUGAUGAUUUUAAGUUAUUCAAGUUAGAGCAAGAGUAGAAUGUGAAAAGACUUUGUAAAAGUAACUGAACAAUGAAAUAAAAAAUGAGAUUAAAAGUGAAGAUAAAUGCAUUCAUAUGGCUUAUGUUUAUAAAAUAAUGGCCUUUGAACUGACCAUUACCUCUCAUUAGCUAUUUCUGUGAAGACACUGUCUUUGUGCUUAAUAACAGUCAAAAAAGCAAUUCAAACCCUAGAAAGAAAUAGGAAAAUAAAGGAAAACAAAAGAAAAAAAAAACUUGAUUAUACCUCUAAGGAAAUCCUUUUCCACUCAUACUUUGAAAAAUGUUUUUGGUUUUGGCACCUUCAAAAAGAAUAAAGUUUCUGGAAGGUCACCAAGGAUGAUCAGAUUCAGUGGGAGGACUGAAUGAGUCUAGGCUUAGGAGUCUUCAACCUGGAUAAAAGAUGUUUAAGAUUUUGGAAAGCUGUUGUAGAAAGGUCUACAAAAUCAUUGUAGAGAGCUUAGCCAGGGAGUGACUGCUCUCCCUGUCUUCUAAUGCAAGAACUAGGAACAAACAAAUGAAGCUCAUCAGAAGCAAGCAAGAAGGUGCUUCUUUGUGGAAAGUAUUAAAUGAUGGAUUUUUGUACUAGAAGAUUAUGUGAGUGCAAAAAGUUUAGAUUAAUUCGAGGACAGGGCAAGCAUUGGGAAGAAAAAUCCACUGUGGAAUGAGACAAGCCAGCCCAGGCUCAGGAAAUACACCAGACUGGAAACAGUGGGAGUCAGGGAGUGUGUAAGUGGGGGAAGUAUCAUAUAUGUUUACCCUGUCCUUACUGCUUCCUACUAAUGCUUGUGGCCAUUCUUGGAUAAAGAACUCAUGGCCAGAUGGACCCUUGGUCUGAGCCAGUAACAGAGACUCUUAAAUUAUUUCUUAAUAUAGAAACAGUGAUAAAACUUUUCUAUAAAAUAUUUUAAUAAAAAUAUUAAAUGUUAAACAUUUAUAUAAUAGAUGGAAAGAAGUUGGUGCUGACUGUAACUUACUAGGUAAAUAAGAAGGAUAUAGAAAGGUGAAAGAGUCCAUUAUAAAUAGCUAACAGUUAAAAAUAAUAAAGCUUUUAAAAAUAAAGGAUCAUUAUAAAAUGUAGUUUUUAGCCAUAACCAAGAUAACUUCUGCCAAUGUAAUCUUAUUUCAAAUCAAUGGAAUGCAGUUUCUAAUCUGAUCCUUUCCAAUUUGUCUUAGCACUUUGCAUGUUGAAUUUGUAUUUAAAAUCAGUAAGCUCUUAUUUUACAUCUGGGAUUUAGGCUUUUUAAAGUUACCACUAGGAGAUAUAAAAACUUACAGUGUUUUUGGAGUGAAGCAGAAUGAUGUGUCCAUCCCACUUCCUCAAGAUCUUUGAAACUGGACCACAUGACUGUUUAAAAGAAGGUUUGUUGCGUGUGAUUAGUGGGGCAUAUGUUAGAUGGCUAACUGGCAGGUUGCAAGAUGUAGUUAUUACCAUGGGGUUAUCUCAAAUGGGGUUGCUUUUAGUAGUUUCCCCAGAGGCUAGUCCUUGGUCAAAGACUUUGAAUAUUUUUACUGGUACUCUAGUGAGAUUAAAUAUUUUCUGGUGAGUUAUGCAGAUACAAAGUUAAAUAAUACCAGAAGUAAAAGGAAAUUUGUUGACUUUCAACAAGUACAAUUACAGAGUGAUUUCACAUUCUGGGUUAAAUGGUCAAAAUAAAAACCAACAACAACAACUUAUUUUUCAUAGUUGUAAAAGAACAGAUUUAUGAACUGGAAAGACAAAUGCUACAGGAUGAGAACUGGAUUUGAAAACCAGAAAAAUGUAGAAUUCAUUCCAGUUACUUGCUUCUCUUAUUCUAGCAUUGGGGAAAAUGAGCUAAAUCCUUAGAGGUACAGUGAGAACAGCACUGGCUGUAAGGAGGAGAAUGCACUUAGCUGACGUUGAACAGAAUCAGAACUGGUAAUUGAGUGUUGUGUCCUCGUGGUGAGGUGGAUUUGGAAUGCCUGGGUAGAGUUCAAAGGAGGACAACAGAAAUGAUCUUGAGGAUUGUAAAAUCAAUGUUAAGCUUUUGGAGUGCCAGCUAUUCAUUCAACUGUGAGAAAGCAAUGGUUUUAGUACUGUGUAUAGAUGUUUGCACAAGGAAAAGAUACCAGAAAAUGUGGGACUCAACAGCAGUCCUGACAGAGAUAUAAGGUCUUGGCGCUGUGGAUUUAAAUAACUUGUAGCCUCCUAAAAUGAAAAUGAACAAAAGAAACAGCUGUUCAAAGUAAUUACCUUGCCCAGCUUUACUGUGGUAGGUAACCCUAUAUUUUUGUCCUUAGAUCACUUUCUCUUUUGACUUUGUGAUUGACUUGUGACAUAGUUACAAAUACUAUAAGUGUGCUGACCAGUGUAACAGCAGCUGGGCUGGUUGUGUUGUUUGUUGCAAAUGGAGCAAUUUUUUUUUUUUAUUGAGCAGUAUUUGUGGAAUUCCAGUGGAUGCAUGUUGAUUAUAGUAUGCUGCUUGUCAUUUAUGUUCUGUUGUAAGGAGUGGUAAAUAUUGCAGAGCAACUUUGAGAAUAUAUAAAUAUUUGAGGUUUGUUAUGAUUUUCUUAGGUCCUGGGUAAUUGCUUUUGUCCAGUUAUUUUUCCCUUAUUAUGUACUGGUAAGAUUCCUUAGAUCAGUGAAUAGUGCAUUCCUUGUUAUCUUGGCUAAGAUAUAUUAAUCAAUAAAGCAAAGAAAUUGUGAAUAAAGAGAUACAAAUCAGCUUGGUAUUUCUAUGAUAUGUUCUUAUAUGUUGUCAUAUUAUUUUAUCUUUCUUACACAAGCAAAGCAGACAUAUUAUUGUGAAAUACCACUUUAUUUUCUCAUUCACUGUUACCCUUACUUUUUAAUAAGUUUUUAGUAUUUCAGCAUUUAGGUUAUUACAGCUACCCAUUUCCCAUGAUAAAGUCAGUUCCUGGAACAAUCAAGCAAAUAGAAAACCUACUAAUAUCAUGCUUGAUUGUGAGUUGAGAUGUAGAUACUUAAAUAGGGAAAACAGUAAAAUGAUAUGCAAGGUGGGCAGUUUCAGUUCUGAUGGAUACACUUGAAAAGCUCAACAAAUUAGACAAGGUUUGGAGAAAUGCUAAAGGAUUGCUCUGAUUUUAGUCUGUAGAGAGGGUAGUUCUUUUUUUGUUGUUGCUGAAUAAAAUACUGAAAAUAUUUCAUGAUUUUGAGGGAACUCAUGAAGAAAGAUGAUGUUUGACUGGAGAAAGGAAUUGGAUGUGUUAAAGCAAAACCAAGAUCUAGUGUCAGGAAGAUGAAUCUAAGUUAGAAAUAACAGUAUACAUUUUCAAGUGUAAAGAUGGGAGAUUGUCAGUGAAAGUUAAUAUUUGCUGUUGCUAAGGCUGAGUCACGCUUAUGUUUCUCUGACCAAAAGCUCAUCUUUUACAGCACUUUGGAGAUUCAUGGCAAGAAAACUGGUCAAAUUGUUAUGGAGCAGGUAGAUUGAAGAAGGGUUUGACUGCACUUGUCAGGAGUUCAGGGUGGCAAAGAACAAAAUGGAUAGAAGUGAACCAUUUACUAAUCUGCAGGGUUGAUUGUGCAUACAAGGCUGCUGGUUGACCAGAAGGAUGCAUUUCAGGCUGCAGUGUGACAGACACCAAACAUUACUUUGGUGUUUGAAGAGGGGUUACUACUGUCUGCCCUGACAGUGCCAGAUACGUUCCCAUCUGUCUGUGCUGCAAGUUAACACUUGUGAGUCAUGUGGCAAGAAGGAGAGAGGACAGAAUUGUUCUUUUAAGUGACAAGUGAAUUAAGUGAAUUCUGAAACUUCACUCAUAUGUUUGAUAUUAGCUAGGAGGAGCUAGGGAGCUGAUGGAGGUGGGUAGCAAAAGUACUCCUCAUACUGCUGAAAGUGAUUUAAGAGGCCUCAUGCAAAAUGUUUAGCUGAUUUAAUUAAAUUAGGUCUUACUUCAGUUAAAUACAAUUGCUGUGCAUCUGGAGAAAGUUUAACCAGAGGCAAGGCUGAAGAAAAUGAUGUAGUCCCCUUCUGCAGGAGGCUGGGGGGCAUAAGAGGCGUAUCAGACAGAUAUUUAAAAGUUUUCUGCCUUUAGUGCUCCUCCACCCUUAAUGUUCAUCCUUGAUUCUGCUGUUGUGAGAACUUGUUUUAAUGCCUUCAGAAUUUUGGUUCAAGCUGUGCCUAAAGUGUGGUGCAGCACAGUGCACAAAAUUAAUGCUGAAUGAGAGAAAUGUGUCCCCUCACAUAGGCUAUUCAGCAAAUUCUCCGGAAAUGUGAUCCAGUCUUUUUUCAUUCACAUGCAAACAGGCUAAAUGUGGAUCCCACUUCAUAAAGACUGUGUAUCCUUAAGAGUUUUCUAGUGGCUGAAAAUGAAUGGCCUUUCUCCUGCCUCUCUCACUUAAACAAAAUUCUGCCUCAGCGUGGAAGUGGAGUUCCCUGAUACAUGCACUGAGAGCACCUCGAAGUAACAGAAAACUUCCUGGUUUGGACAUUUCUGCAACUUCAAAUGCCUUUACGGCUUGCAAACACCAGCUUUGUAAUGGGGAUGUUCAGUACAUCAGUGUAACUGCUGCUCAUGACUACAGGUAAUGUAGAGCUGUGUGGGUGUCUGAGGCUGGAGUUCUGCAGGCGAUGGAGACCAAGACAUGGGAGAGGAUAAAAUUGUACUCUGUAGCAAAGUUAUUAAGGAUCAUUAAGGAUUUCAAAGUGCUUUAGAGGUGUAAGUACGUUUUCAAAACAAUUCCUAGUUAUUUGUGUUCAGAAAAAAAUAGAAUCACAAAUAUUUGCUGAUUGCUUCAAGUUACAGAAGGAGCCUGUAGUAAAGUUAAGAAGAAUAAUCAAAUGGUAGUUUUUUGUUACAUAUGUUCAUUUGUGCCUUUUUCCAGCUUCUCUUUAGUAUUGAAUUCUUCCAUUCUGGUUACAGAAAACAACUCAGUUUUUCUACCUGAGUUUUUAAAAUGACAGUUAAAAGAAAAAGGUAAACUUUAGGCAAAAGCACCCCUCUUUUAAUAAAUGGUGAAAAUAAGGGAGAUAAAAGACAACAGAAAUAGAGGCUGAAUGUUUUUCCACAUCUCUAAGUGGUAAAAAUGGAAAUUUAAAAAAAUGUUUACCAAAGACUGUAUUAACACUGUUCCUUCUUGCAGUUUUUUUUUUUUUCCCCAGUGUCAGUUAUAAUAAAAAAUAAAAAUGAGAAGAAUUUUAGUGUUUAAUUUGUCAGUUCAAAGACAAUAUGUGAGAUAAUGCAGGAACUGUAUUAAACUUCUUAAAGGAAAGUUAUGCUGCAAUUUCAGUGCAUUUCACUACAGAGAAAAAUUGUCCUAUUAUAAUCUAGUUUUAUGUGGAUAAUGGAUGAAAUUCAUUUUACAGAGACUUUGUAAUUUUGUUUUCAUAUAUGAAAUACCACUUUGUAUAUGCCUUUUGGCAUUUUUCAUGCAAAUUACCUUUUCAUCAAAUGUGGCUUUUGUAGUACGAGCUCUGAUUUUCAAAAGAUUAACAUUCAGAAUAAAUGGAUGCAUAAGUAUUGAGUUUGUGCAAUUAAAACACUCUCCAUGAAGAGAGAGGAAGUGGUUUAAGAGUGUGCUGAGAUGCUUAUUGUGUUUAUAACUGUUGCAAUGACAAUAGAUGCUUGUGUUGACCCUCUGUUACCAAUUUAAUUGCUUGUAGGGAAAUAAAUUUUCCCUUAGAAAGCAAUAAAGAAAAUGUUUUUAUAGAAUCAGUGUCGAACAGUGAGACAUCCAUUGCGUUUUGUCCAUAAUGUAAAACAUUCUCUCAUAGAGACAAAUAUAAAUCAAUUAAGUUCCAUGUGGUAGUGGCCGAGGCUAUUAGUUUCUUGUGAAUCAGAAUCAGAAGUGGACAUCAGGCCUCUAUUUUCUGCACAGUCAGAGGAUGCCUCUAAUGUCCCUGCUGGUUGGCACUCUGGCUGUUUCAUGCAUGUUGCAAAAUGCAAGUCAUUAUUUUGUGAAUUAUGUAUAAUCUACUAGUAGUUUGAAUAAGUAGAAUACGAGUGUUAUAUUUUUAGAGAGGCCUGUUUCUAUGCAUGCAGUCGACUCUCGAUUAUUAAAAAUUAUAGAGACAUUUUCUACUAUUACAAUUAUAGACUUUUUUUUCCCUUCAUAUUACCCAAUUGGCAUUUAUAAUUUCCUAUUGCAUACAGUUUUGCUCAUAGUGUUUAGCACUGCUCUGGUGAGGAAAUACACAGGGGUGGACAAUUUUGCCUGUACUGUGAAUUCUUUAGUACCUUGCAUAAAGGCAAGUGCUUUACCUGCAUGGAACUCAUAGCAAGACUACAUUAAAAAAGCUGGAAGGUAUGAAAAUAGAUGUCUUGUAUAAUUCCUAUGAGAAAAUAAUAUUUUGCAAGAUAAGGCAAAGUAGUUAUAUGCUGUAAGUUACUCUAAAGAUGCUUGGACUAUAUUUUGUUCCUGCAUACUUGUUGAUAUGAUUAUGGUUAAGUAGAAAUCCUUGUAAUUAAAGGUAAUUUCAUCUCUGCUGAUGCAUACAAUGCUAUAUAAGAAUAUAUACUUACAUUGUGCUCUACUGACAGUGGUGGAAAUCACUAGGGAUGUGAAAAGUUGUGCAGAAUUCCAGGCAGAAUUAGAGCCAUAAGUUCAGUUUCCUCUUUAUGAUUUUUUUUUUUUUUUUGAAGAAAAUACUACAAAAUGGAUGGAAAUAAAUUGAAAUUGCUGGAAAAUAUGAGAGCCACACCACAAGAAGUAAAUUUCUCUGGUUCUUCCCCCAAGGAAAAACUCUGUAGUAAUCAAGAUGGACAAAAUGAAUAUAAAUUCCGCAGCCUUGGUGUUCUGUCUAGCAGUGCUGUGGCCUCUGCCAUCACAGGUCAAAAUUUAUUAAAUGAUAACAAAAUAAAUGUAGAUUAAGGCUUUUCAUUUUUAUAUGUAAUUACAGAAAAAUGCCUUUGUGUAUUUAUGCUAUAUAUUGUGAUGCAGGAAUUACUGUAUGAAAUCUUACAGGUUCUCAUAGGCUGAAAGUUAAGAAUAUGUGUUGCAGUGGUUUCUUGGCUGAAAAUUUAUGAUUUCAGGAUUGGUUUCUUUUAAGUGUGACUCUGAAUAUUCUAUGUUUAUGCUUUAUUUUGGGAUAAUUAGAACUAUUAUUUUUGGAUUUGGUUUUGCCUAAUCUCCCUGAGAAACAUGGACCAGGCACAGCCCUGGAUGGGCUAUGGGAAAGGCUGGCGUAGGUCCAGAGGUGCAGGGAUGGCGCGGAGGUCUUUGGAGAAUUACUGUUGCAGCUGGCAGGGAUUGCACAUCUGAAGAACAAAAAUCAGUGGGAAAUCAGGCCUUCUCAUUUCUGGGACUUGUGGAAAAAUCAGUUAACUCCUAAGUUACCGGUACAAACUUUUGGUCAUAAUUCCAGUUUAAUACAUCUUUGCCUGGGAACCUGAGGUUUUCGGUACAAUGUUUUCUCCAGUUUUAAGAGUUCUUGUAUUUUUCCCUCCAGUUAGGUACAUUGACAAGGUACCGCGAAAAUGUAUUUCGUUUCCAUUACAGGCUGAAGUUUCAGCAGUCAGUUGAACAGCCUCCAUAUAAGUAUUCUUUCAUUAUAUUAAUGCAUGUUUACUGUAUCCAUUUAUCAUACCUGUUACCUCAGCCCAGGUUUAAGGCAGUUUCUUUUCUAUUGCUCUUGUAAAGGUUUUUAGAACUUUGUUUAAAAGCACAGUGAAGGAAAAGCAAUUACUUUGUACUGCACCUAAAACAUCUCAAGCAAAUAUAUAGAAAAGGAAAGUAUAGUUUAUAUGUGCCUUUUCAGUAGCGUUAACCACGCCUUUCUAAUCUUUUGAAUUACGAAUGAAAUGGAAUACAUCUUUUGCAGUAUUUAGUGACUUUAUUAACCUUUCAAUUGAGUUUAGCAGUCUGUGGUCACUUAUUCAGUGUCAUUUUGGCAUCAGUUUGUGUUCUACAGAAAAUGUCAUUACCAGUGGCUCUCUUCCCUCAGAGAGUUGCCUAGAAGGGAAAGUAAGCCUGUAUUAUCACUUAAAGAAAUUACAGUGAUCACUAUAUAGUUUAGUAUCAGUGUGCAGUAGUGAAUAUUGUAUACAGUCCAGAUUUGUUUUUCUUGGAGAAAGCUUGAAACAGAUCCUGUUACUAAAGGGAAGGACUAGACUGCUUUUUGGGCAAUGCCUGUUACUUAUAUGUAAUUGGUUCUGUGGAAUAUUAAUAAAACUGCACCUCCUACUUGGGUGUUCCAAAACCGCUGACAUUAUAGUUUCUGAAAUUAAACAGCACUUUUGAGACCUGCAGUUUACAGAUCUUCAUUUUGAAUUUAACUUUUGUGACAUUUCUUAGUUUGAGCUGGGAGAUUUUUUUAUAUAUAUAUUUCAUGGGGGGAAAAACAUGUAGCAGGAAUUGGUUUCAUAUGCCACUGAUUGUAUGGAAAAAUGUUUCAAAAAUGGAAUGUAGUCAGCAGAGACACGAGAUUUAUUCUUCUUACUUUAGUACAUAAAGAAUAUCUUCCUUUUGCCUUGUUUUUUCAAGGACACCAGUAAAAUGCUGAGGAGGCAGAGAACUAAGAAUCGUUUUGUUCCAUCUUCCCCUUUUUUUUUUUUAAAUAUUUUUUUUAUUCUUUCCAUGGACUUCAUAGAAGUUUAGAAAUAUAAAAGGUGAGUGAGGGAAAAUUUGUUUCACAUCUAAAACAGAGUUAGGACAGUAUAUUAAAAAAAGAUCCCACACUGGUAGGUAACGGAAGGCAUACAGACGAACUCUGUGCUCUGGCAUGUUUUGAAUACAGCUAUAACUUUGAAUUUUGUGUACUGUUGGCCAGAAUAAAACACUGGGAAAGAGGAAGCACAGUCCUGUGUUCUAGGACUCAGAUAUGUUUGCUGGUCUUCCAUGGACUUUUCUGUGACCUUAGACAACUCAUAAUCUUCCUAGAUUAGGAAAAACACCCAUCUGAUACAGAAUCUGCUGUUCACAUCUAAGAGGAGUUGGCAUCCUAUGACGAGGAAUGCUAUAGACGUGUAAAUGAAUUAUUGUGCUUUCAUGUUUAUUCUUAGCAGAACCCAAAUGGUGCAGUACAAUUACAGAGUACAGAAGAUAAAUAGUGGUGAAGUCGAGGAUUUGAUAAAGGCUGACAUCAACUUAGAAUAUGAGCUGUUCAGUGGAGAGGGAGUUUUGGAAGCUCCUAAGACCUAGCGCAGUGGAGACCUAAUUGCAGAUCGAAAUCACUCAGCAAUGUCUCAAUAGAUUCUGAAAGCAUAGUUUGCAAUUCAGCCAGACAGUAUGAUAUCAAUUAAGAAGAAUAUAAACAUAGAUAGAGAACUGGGGAUGCCAAAGGAGAAAAAUUAACCAUAUCCAGAGAUACUGUAGUGAUCUGAUGACAUUGAAGUAUUCUUGAUUCAUAGCCUUCAGACUUGAUUUUUUUAUUUAAUGGACAGAAAGAAACAGGAGAGUAGUUAAUGAAAGACUGAGAGAGGAAGCAGGGAGAGAGAGCUGGAGGAAGACAAAAGCUAUUGGGCUAGAAUUAGAUUAAUGUGAUCCUGGUCUCUUCCUGUCCUAAUGCUGCAUUUGUGCAUUCUAAUAGGAUGUACCCAGGAAGCACUAAAUGUGACCAGAAGUACAAUCUUAAUUUUCUUUGUUUAAAUUGAGAACAAGCAUGUUGUUAACAAGAGAAGGUACUUUCUGGGGUUAUUUUGUUAAAGAGUACAGUGUGAUAAAUGAAAUACCCCUACAUCGCAGUGUCAGUCUUACUUAUUAUCUUUUAAAUAUACCCAGUGAUGACAGGGUUUACUUUUAACCUCUCUAAGGUUUCCUGUAAUUUACUAAAAUACCUUGAGUGAAUUCACAGUACUUGCCAAUAUUUUAUUUUCAUUGCAAAUAAUGAUAGUCAGCCGGAGCAACAUAUGGUACUGUUGGAUAUAGUGGUUUGGGUAGGAAUAGACUGUAGUCAUUGUGUCUGUAACUUGAAGAAUUGAAGACAAAUAGUAGUUUUAUUUGUUUGUUUUACUGGAUGUAAACUAAUAAAAGUUGUUAAGUAGUAUGUUUUUUCAAAACAGUGGUAAGCAAGUUCACUCCUAAAACCACCAAUAGAGAUGGAAGCAGUACAGCUCUUCAGUAAUGGUGGCUCCAUACGUUUUCCAUGCCAAAAGUUAGUAGUUUAUAAUUUUUCAUCUUCAGUCUAGUUUCAAUACAGUUAGCUGUUUCCAUUGCUGGUAACUCUUCCUUCUUUCAUUGUGUAGAGAGUUUCUCCACCAAGUACAGUAGCUUUACAGCAGUACUUAGCAGGGAGUUCAAAGGUGAAUUCUGAGGCACAGGUUUUGCUAUUAGACCUUAUGGAGCUGUCUGUUGCAUUAUUUGUUCAAUACUUUCUAUUCUAAAAGCCUACUUUUGUCUAAAUUUGCUACUUGGAACUGAAAACUUCCAUGUCAGUUGCCAUUUUUGAACAACUCUUCCAAAGUCUAAGAUAAACAUAUAUUACUUUGCUUAUAUUUUAAAAAAGUUAUCUAUUUUUUUUCUUUGGAUAGCUUCAUUUUCUGCUCUAUUUGCUAGUAUUGUCAAAAAGAAUUAAAUGAGACAGGAGCAGAGGAUGAAUUAUAUGGUACAUGAAUGUUUGUCUGUUGAUCUCUAUCUAAUUUGCUUUAGUGCUAUAGUAUGUCUAGAAUUUGCUGUCUGAUGACUAUGCAGGAUUGCCUCUGCAUUUGCUGCUGGAUGUUGCACUGCAGUAUAUUGGACCAAGCUGAAAUAUCUGCAGUAUGAAUAGGGAAUUUCUCCCUUCUGCACCAUCAGUGCCUCGACAGGCUACAGGCUGCAGGUGCUUCCUGUGUAAAGGAGACAGAAACUGAACUUGUGGGAAGAUGUAAAGUCAUGACUGAAGAAAGCUGAGAAGGAAGAACAUUGAAAUUUGAGCUUUUGCUCAGUGGCGAUGGAGGCAAGCAGGGCAAACUGGACAAGAAAAUUGGGACAAAUCUUUUUGGAAAGAACUAUUAAUGUUUGGUGAAAGAUACAGCAGAAAUGUUCAUUUUGACAGGGAGUUAUUUUGAGCCUUGCAGGACUGACAGAGUGAGAUGUAUGGGCAAAGGACAUGACAGUCUGUUCUUAGUUUGUCAGCUCAGGUGGCAGAGAUCCAUAUGAUGGGUUUACAUUCUGCAACCUGGGUAGAGACCACAGGAGUCUUAGUGCAGUGCUAUCUAAUGGAAUUCCUGCUUUCUCAGUUUUUUUGAAAAUAUACUGGAAAACUACAUACAUUCUAACACAUCUUGGCUGAUCUUGUCACAUCAAGCUUAUCAGUCAUAAACUUCCUGCACUUGGCCUGAAAUUGUUCUAGUGACUCUUUACCUGAAAGAUUGUUUUAUUCUUAAUUCUUAUUAUUGAUUUUGUGUUAUUUCGUAUGAACUGAUUUAAAAGUUGACCUAGACCUUUUAAAGUUCUUCACAAUGUGUAAGUUUUCUGGAGGAGUAUGUUUUCACAUUGCUUUUGGAAAGGUGUUUUUUUUUUUUUGUGCUAAAAGUAAAGCUCUCAUCUGAGGAGUGACAGUGUAAAACUGACAUCUUGAGAUUGAACACAUCAGCGUUUUGUGUACUCACAAUCAUCUGUUGAUUUAAUUUGAACGGGAUUGUUCACUGCUUUAUAUCUUUCUUGGCGGUGUUGACUCUAUUUUAUGAGGUAGAAAAGUAUUACCUCAGCUGAGCUCCGUAGGGUAUGUUUUUCAUGAGAUGGCCUGCUUUGAUCAUGGUUGUACAUUCUUUGUAGGAACAGUUGUCUUAUUGUGUGCCAGCAUCUGCUUGUUAGGGACAGUCUACAAAAGGCCAUUGACCAGAAAACAGUGGGAUUAAACUACCCUGGCUGACUUUGCACCGGAGCAUAUUUGGUAUAUAAGGAAAUAUUAAAGAUCGUAGUCUUUAAACUCUCACAUGUCCAGAGAGAGUGUGCACCAGCUCAGAUGUAAGGACACUUGCACAUAUGUCACCAGUGGAAGGAGGGUAGCAGUGGAAGAGGAAGGGGGAUGAUGCAGGAACAGACAAGAGAUUAGCCUGGCAGUGCACCAGGAAACUAGUUUGCAGUUUUCACUGUGGCUGUCUUCAUCUUGGCAGUUCUAUGAGAGCUGAACUUCUUUCUCUUUCACUCUCCUCAGCUCCUUGUCGUAGAAGCCCUGCGUUAUUGUGAACAGCGUGCUCAUGGUAUUACCAAUGCGAAGUGUUAGACCAGCUCUGAUUUCCCUUGUAUCAGGGGAUAUGCAGUGUGAUUACUGUGUAGGUGGCCUCACCAAAAUUACCUCUGAACUGGUGUAUGGAGCUGUGGUACUAUUGGCUGAGAAUGGGAUAGUGUGGCAUAGCCUGUGAGUUACUUUCAGACUAAAUGGGGAAGGGAAGCGUGAAUCUGGUGAUUCUUGCAGUUCAUUCAGUCUGUCCAGGAGGAGCUCAACAUUGUUUAGGGUGUCUGGAGAUGGAAGUAGGAUGAGAAGGUGGAGGCAGAACAGGUGUAACAGUUACUCUGACAUCUUGAAUUGCUUUCGUACCAUGUCCUGUGCAAAGUUGGCUGUGUGGCAGCAGUCUUCAGUAAAUAAGAUCUGGCUGUAGGAUUUAAGUAAAAAACAUUUUUAACUGUACCAUACAAUAUAAGAACAUGCUAUUGAAAGUAUCAAGCAGUGACAUAUUCUCAAAAAUGUUUUCAGCUUUAGAUUUUGGAAGAAGAAUGGAUGUUCUAUGCUGCCAGAUUUUCCUUCUGUUUGUUUCUUCCAUAAAUCUGGAAUGAUAGUGGGGACUCUGUGCAGCCAAGCACCACUGGUGAAUGGAGGCUGGAAAAAAGAAUGAGAAGCCACAGUGAUAUAGAGGAAAUCAUGUGGCUACAGCUCUCUGUAGGAAAAAUAAACAUCCUUUUUACCACUUCUCCACAAAAAUGUUUUUGUGUCUGGAAAAAAUAUGCAGCUAAGACAGAAUACUGAAAGAAAUUAACAUCUAUACACAAAAGACAUUGCCUCAUGUAAAUACAGUAUUUAAGAUAGUUUCACCUGUGAAGAAAUAAUUGUCAUUACAGAUGAAUUUGAGAAUUAAAACAAAUUCAUGGAAGUGAAUAUAACAAUAUGGGUGAAAAUUAAAUUAAAUUUCUUACAGUACUAUAAGCAGUCUGAAAAUAUUAACAUAUUGACAAUGACGUGUGGAAGGUAUAAAGAAAAGAAAUACAUAAACUUACUGAAACAAAAUUAUAAAUUUUGAUGGCAGAGCUCAGGACUGUCCCUUGCUAUGAGGUACUUUCUUUUCUAGGUUUUUGUAUCUAUACCUUUUUUGUUUUGUUUUUAUGCAAUAGUUUGUUUGCCACCUGCAAUCAUUCUUGUCUUAACGAUAUUUUUUCAAUUGAGUUUUGAGAGUAGAGGUGCAAAGAGACAUUUUCAGAAUCACCAGGCUGGGGCACAUAAGGCAUGUUAUUUAAGCUUACCAUUUGAAAGGCUUAUUCAGAAGACAAAGAUGUACUUUAAAAAUGUGUAUUGUUGUAGCUAUUGACAGCUUCUGAUUCAGCAGUGACAUGAGUACUUCUCUCCAAGUGGAACAUUUUUUUCAAUAACAUAGCAUUCUGAAUGAAUUUUUGAUGAAAGACUGAGCAGGAGUCAUUAAUAUUCUUUCGGAACAAAAGAAGAGCUUUACCAAUGUCAACUUUCACUCCCUUUUUCUCUUUAUUCUGAGCACCGUCCAUCAUUCUGAACUCUCAUUCCACUGGACUGCCCAGGGUAAAUGCAGAACAAAUUCUUCAUGCUGAUAUGUUUUGAACAAACACUUCUUAGUUAUUUGAAAAGACAAAGCUUUUUUUUUUUUUUUUUUUUUAAAUUUGUGUUUAUUAAAUGGAAGAUUAGUAAACCUAGAUAUCCUGAAAGAAGGUGAUGGGAAACUGUGAAACCAUGUGGAAAACCACAGGACUGUCCAAUUAAAUCAGAAUACACACACUCAAAUGAGUGACGCAGAAGAGGGAAUUUCUGCAUCCUUAUGAAUCUUAAAUACUGGCAGACAAUAUUUACCAUAUUUUGACUAAAAGCCUAUAUAGUUCAUUUUCUAAUGAGCAAAGAUGUGAAAACCUUUUGUCUUUUCCUGUUUAUAUUUGAAUCAAGACAAUACAUGGUACAGUAUAUAACAGGUGAUAGAGGAACAUUGUUCCAUUCCAAAUUAUUUUUUCCCAUGGAUAGAGAAUAUAUUAAUAGACUUUUUUCCAUACCAAUGAGUACAUUUACUGUUUUUGGCAGAGUAUAAUCUGCAAUUCAGAGUGCAAUAAACUAAACCAUACUAUGGAUAAUACAUCCUGUAAAAGAAGGAAACCUGGGUUUUAGUUGUAAACUGAGACUUAUUUAAUGAGGUCAUCUUCUACUUAUACCUAAUUGAUUUUAAAGUUUAGCUAACUUUAGCCUUUUUUUCCAAGCCCUCCCCAGCUCCAAGAAAAUGAAAAAACCCCAUGUUUGGACUCUGGAAUGCCUACAUUGAUUGCAUUGGUAAUCAAUACAUAUCAGCUACUGUAUCUUUCUUUACAGUUUGCCUGAAAAGUUCCCAUCUUAAGGGGUUCUGAAAAUAAGAAUUAUCUUUAUAAUGAUUUCAGCAGUUUCUUGUCUCAAUAACUUAGAUAAAUGGAGUAAAUCCUAUUAAACUGAUACCUUCUGAACUUAAAACUUGCUGAAGUCUUGUGUUUUUCAGGUUAUUGUGAUCUGAGUGUGAGUUGUUUCAAAACUUGCAUGAAGUUAACCUGUUAAUAAUGAGAAUUAUUUUUCACAGAUAAGAUUAUUUUUAAAUGAAUUAUUGAAAGCAUUUAGCUUCAAUUCAGGAUAGUCUAUAAAAGAGGUCAGGGAAUGUUAAACUACAUACUGCAUUUGUGCUAAACUUUAAUGUUUACACUAUCUUUGCAUUGUACGAGUAAAUAUUCAUACCUUUGUCUAAAAUAGGAAUAUUGAAGCACAGAAAACAACUAGGGUAUUGUUUCUUCAAACAUAAUCCUGCAGAUGUGUAGCCAAUAAUGCUAUUUUACAUUACUUGGAAAUAGUUAUACAGUGAGUACUGAGCACCUGUAAUAUUUUGUACUAGUUACAAAUUCUGUAAUUUUCGUAGAGAUUCUGCCAUUUUCUUAUGUGAGAACGGUGUAUGGCAGAGAACUUCUCCUAUAUUUAUUUUCAAACAUAACUCUGAUUUGGCAGGGCUGUACCCUUAGGGAUUACUUUUGUGUGGUCCUUUUUGAUGGAAGGAUAAUGGCUAUCUGCAUGGCAUGAAAACUCUUAUUGGUGAGUUUUUUAGAACACAAAGCUUGUUUGUUUUUAAACACUAAUUUCUUUCUUUUGUGGCUGGACUACAAAGGAUGAGUAGUGGAUUAAAGUAGAUCAUUAAUUUCAGUUGCCAGAAGAAUGAAUUAUAAUUUGUAGCAGACAGAAAAUCUAUGAGGAAUGUCCAUAUUCUUGCAUUGUCUGGAAGUCAUUUUACAGUAGAGGCAACAAAUCAUAGCAGAAAUUCUGCUUUUCAAAUAUAAGCAAAACAGUGAAGACUGAUAGACUUGAGCAGGAAGUAGAGGCAAACCAAAUUUUACAUCACAAAACUUGAUUUUAAUUAAAUUGGACAAAUUGGAGAUUCAUCUAGAUUUCUAUAUAUGGACAAAAUUCACUUAUCUGCUUGCAUAACUUGUUUUUAUACAUCUAUUACAUCAUAGCUGGGAGAAAGAUGACAUUUUUGUGGUUAAAAUGCAGAUAGAGGCAGCCUUCAAAGAAGCAGCAAUUUGAAGUUUAUGGAGUUAAAUCUUAAUAUUUUGUUUGACUCAAGAUGAGACAGAGAUCUUUCAGGAUCAUUAAACCUAAAUGCAGACUUAGUAUUUUUAUCUGGUUUACUUGUCUUUUUUGAGUCUUAUGUUAGUAUUUAAGGAUUUGUUUUAAUUAUGUGAGAUUCAGGAGUUCGGUCCUUGAAGUGACCCUAUGCUCCUUAACACUGAAUCUCAGAAAUUAAACAUUUCUUCUAGAGGGGAGUCUCACCUGUCUGAAUUUGGUCAUGACAAAAAGUUAAUUAUGUAUUCUCCAUUUUAAGAUUGUUUGCUGUUUCAUGUAGGGCAGUUGUGUUGUCCUUUCUGAAAGUGACAACUGUAUAAAUCUUUCAUUUGGCAAAUAACUGCCUUUAUUUAUUUAUUUAUUUAUUUAUUUAUUUAUUUAUUUAUUUAUUUAUUUCAAAUUUUUAUUUAGCAAAGUUCAUGGGCACCUAACAUAAGCUUUUUAAAUUUUGGUCAUUUAACUUGACUUUAAGUGCUGAUAGUCUGAUAAGUGAUGUCUCCAUCUGCCUCUGUGUCAUUAUGAAGUUAUCCAAAUACUAUUCAGAAAAGCUACUGGGGAUGAUCCACUGGUCCAUCAUUGCAAGAGAUUCCAGCUGCAGUUACGUUGUAAAGCUGAAGCCCGGCAAUCUGAUGAAGUGUAUGAGCAGAAAGCAGAGUCUGCAGAUCUGUUACAGCAACGGGCACGUACUCUGCAUGCUCCCUUCAAAUGGUCCCUCAUCUACCCAUUCCUUGGAUCCCAUCAGAGCUUCCCAUCCAAAGUCUAAUAUAAGAUUGAAUUUGGAGCCUGCCUCUGCAACUGCAGUAUAUAUGUGGCAAACACACUUGCUCAGAAACUCCGGUGGAUGUGUAGAGAGGGGAAGGCUUGUGACCAUUUUUCUGUUAGUUCCGGUGAAAUGUCAUUCUUCUAGGAAGUGGCAGAUGUUGCUUCCAGCCCAACAGGCAUUUGAGCCCACAGUUGAGUGGCCUAAUUGAGACUGUGAUGUGGGUCCUGAUGGACAUUUAGCUGUCAUUUUACCAUGGUGCAGACAAGAAAAAGAAUGUACAUGUGCCAAAGAAGAGUCUCAGAAGGGAGCAGGGCUGAGUCCUGUGCUUAUUACGCAGUAGGGACAGGGUCACUGGGUUCUGGCUGCUGCUCCAAAGGCUGUUUGUAUGUUUAAUGAUGGUGAAACAGUAAGAUUAAGCUCAUUAUUAGCCUUAUAGCCAACAUGAGAUUAACAUGACUUCUGUUCUGAUAUUCAUUUUUUACCUGAGUUUGAUUUUUAGCUGUAUAAAAUUCUAACAUCUUAAAAAAACCCCUGUGGGUAGCAUUAGUCAGGUACUGGGUGUUAAUAUCCCAGGAUUUAAAUAUAAGCUUGGGGAAGCUGAGUCUGACAUAUUUUGAAUGUCUACACAGAGCUUAUUACAGCUGCAUCUUCAUCUUGCAAAGAGGUGGUUUAAAAUUGUUAAAAGGAAGUGAAAUAUGUAGUUACUUCUGGGGCUGUAGAAUAGCAUCCCUGUAUGUAAGAUUAGGCACUUCCUGCCCCCAGGGUUUACAGUUUUGUAUUACAGAUCAUCGUUACUGCAUACACUUUUCUGAUGAGAUUGAGAAAUUUCUUGAGCUGUAGUGUAAAGCUGCCGAAAACAUUUACCACAGACCUGAAGGAAUAUAAUUCUUCCAGAGGCAGCCUCAGGCUUCAGAGGUUUUGUUGCUGAAAGGCAGGCUCAGACUUCCCAUGAGAUCAUCACAGAGAUAAAGACUAAAAGCUCUUCAAAGCUAGGCCUUAGGCCCUAACAUAAAUUAAUUCUCUGGUGAUGGCUUAUGUAUGUAAAAAAAUGAAUAAAUAUUUACAAAAAUGCAGUUUAAAUAGAACCUUACCCAACUAGACUAGAAAUUAAUUUUUAAAUAUCACCUGUUCUUUUGAAUUAAACAUAAAACCAUCUUAACAUAGCUUGAAUUUAGACUUCAGAAGGUAAGGAAGGAACAUGAUAUUAUCUCUCUAUAUGCCUUUUUUCAUAUAGGUUAUCUUGCUUGUUUCAUGCCAAAUAGUUACUAUCUGUAACUCCAUAGACAUUGCAAUUAAUUUGCAUAGCAAGUAACUACACUGUUACUCUAACUCUAUGCUGCAUGUUAACCCAGUCACUUACUAAAUAUAAUUUAGAAUAAGGUGCUAAAUGAAAGACUGCUCUGUGGUCUGUUCUCCUCACACUCUUCGCUUUCUUACCUUCUAAGUUAUAUUAACACUAAAAUUUGUUCUGAAAUUUUGUUCAGCAAAAUGUUCUAGAAGAAAAAAAUCUUCGGUGCUGCAAGUGGAGUAUUGUAAGUGAAGAGUUAGUUUAUACUGAAAAUGACUUAACAGAAAUAUCACUGAAAAAGAGCCAGGAAAAGUCCUGCUGAGAAGCUCUAUGAUAUCAGCAUUGAAACUGUAGGGCUGAGAGUCAAGAAGUCUUGAUUAAUCACAGGCUCCCUUUCUUACUCUGGAGAUGCUAGUUUACUUCAUGGCCCCCUGUUCUCCACCUUGUAAAACAGAAUUAUAGGAUGAUCAUAUAUCUUCAGGUAUAUAGCAAAGAGCAGUUCUGUAGAAUAGUUAUUUACCCUGGUCUGAAUUGUCUUUACAAAAUUCCAGAUGUUCGAAGGAGACUUAAGACGGCUUGUUCCCCAAAUUAAGUCUGCUGUACCUCACAAACCUCUGGCUCUCAAGUAGCCAUGAGUCGACUGAUCUAGAGCAGGUUUUUUGGUUAGGCUUAAUUAAGGCUACCCAUGCCUGGUCCAUCUUAAGCCUGAAUCCAACCUAGUCCUCAAAUUCCUGAGGACAGGGAGAGGACUUGGCUUGCUCUGUGUCAGUAUCCUCCAUCACAGGCUCUAGCCCUGUAUUUAUAAAAUUCUUUGAAAUCUUAACUGCAAGAAGCUGUAUGAGUAUAGAGUAGUUAUUAUUCUUUAAUGUUAUUAACAGCAACAAGCAACCGUGCCCAAAGGCUUUUUUUCUGGAUAAUUUGUAGUGUACAAAACAUUGCUAUAUUAUUUCUUUUGCCUUCCUCCUCUCAGCAGGUACUUGCUGUGUUAUUUCACAUGGUGCAGGUAUUAACCUUCUUGGAUUGGAAGAACUGCAUUUCACUGUGCUUUUAAUACGGUAAUUUGGAUGUACUGUGUUAUACGAAGAGCAAUGUAGGGCUACAUUUUUAUUAUUAAUUUAUGAGAGCUAUUUUUACACUAGUAAUAUGUGAGAACUCAAAUUUUAAUAAGUAAUAUGAUGUUACUUUAUAGAUUCGGAAGUGUGCUCACCUAGAAUUACCAGUACCGAGAUAACUGCAAGUUUAAAUUCCACCGAUGUCAUUGGAAUUGCUUGUUUACAGGGGUAACCAGGUCCCAGGAAUAAAUCAGCUGGAGCAAGAAAUGCCAGUUUUCUGUGCACUACUGUUUUGAAGAAAACAAUUCACGCUAGAAGAUGAUGUUCUAAUGUGAAAGCAAAUUACAUAACUGAUUAAGCAGAACUGCCUUAUAAUUUUUGUGAAUGGAGAAGAAUUAAGCCAAUUUAAAAAUAAAGUAUUAUUCUGCCAAAAUCUGCACUAUUUGUGUGGGAAAUACUAGAUCAGCUUUUAUUUGAUCUGUGCAAAAGAGAGUUCCAUGGGUAGGGGAAAAAUAAGCUGAAAUUCGCAGCUAGCUUUGUAGGGUGACUAAAGUAAAAGGUGAAGUUUUAUGUAACUUGCUUUAAAAGACUAAAAAAAAUCAGAUCAUGAAUCAUGUUAAUGUGCUUCAGAUAUUCAGUUAAAUCCUUUAAAAAUAUGAUGCUCAUUACUCUGAAUAUAAAAAUAUGUUACUAAAUGCAAGUCGACAUUCCUAAAUUAGGUGCUUGCCACUUCAUCAAUGAUAUAAGCAGAAAUGUAUUUUUCAGUAGAUGAUGGAAGAAGAUGUUUUUAUCAUCUUGUCACUGUUGUCAUGGAAACUUGUGUAUAUCAUUGUUAAACAGAGUGUAUGUAAGGAUCUGACAUUCCUGUGACAACUUAUUGCUAGCUUUUGUAUUUUUAACGUAUUUUCUUCAAUGCUGUAGUCAAUGCUUAAGAACUUGUAAGUUGCCCUUCUGAAUUACAGCCAUGAACUCAAUUACAGGAUUAGGGUGUCCAGAGAGCCCUUAGUAUAGGGUUCUUUGCUAUAAGAUUCUUUUCAAUAUGGGGUUAUUAACAGUUUUAUUUCUGAAUCCGUUGCAACCUAUUAUAAGCACUUCAAAAAUAAUAUUUACUCUAUUCAAGCAGAGUAUUUUGCCACAGGAGGCUUUUGGAAAGAAUGAGCUAUCCAUCAAUCAUUGUAAACUCUCUGUCUUGAAAAUUAUGGAUAUUUUCUGAUUGUGCAUUUUAUAUAUUAAGUGCUUUGUCUUCGAGUACACUGGUAAAUUCAUAGUACAGCUCUUGUGUAUAGGUGUCUUAACCUGUCGCAUGCAGAACAGUAGGCUAAGAGGGAAGCUUGACUAUGACAAUCCAGAUUUAAACCCUUCUGGGUACAAAGAAUGUGCAACUUGUUUUCAUGUUUAAAUCUUAUGAUAGACACAAUUCAAAAAGUAAAAAAAGGUAGUUUCUCCAAAUGAGAACUAUUUAAGAGUCAGUAAUUUUAAGCACAAUGAAGACGUUGUAUGUAUUACAUAAUUACAGGUUUAUUUUUGUCUUCUGAGGUCUGAAUAUAUUUCAAAAUAGACCUUCUCCAUCAAUUAUUUAUGAUUUGAAAUUAUUUCUCUUGGUUAAAAAACAAAGUUACUUGGAUAAAUUUUUUAUCGUUGAACACAUUGAACACAUGACUUCUGUUACUUCAAAUGUGUUCAUUAAAUUUCUUUCUUUUUUUUUUUUAAUCCUGGCCUGUUUGGUUCAGUUUUUUCUAUUUUGGGGAGUUUUCUGAAGACUAUUCUGAAAUUUAAAAGCUAUGAUUAUAAAUAACUGUCAGUGAAGAACUUAAAUUAUUUUAGUGUUAGCUAUCUGUAGCAAUUUGAUGCAAAUUUAACUUACUUGAGAGUCAUAGUAAUGUGAAAUAUUCCAGAACAGUAAAGUUAUAAAGGUUUUUUAAAGGUAUGUGUUACUUAUGGUAUUGUUCUCUCCAGAGAGAGUGUGAUUGAAGUUAUAGUAUUAGAACUAUCAAAACACCAGAAGUGCAAGAAGAAAAAACUUAAUGGAGAAGAAAAAACUUAAUUAAAUAAAAGUAAAGUAACCGGCUGUGGUUUUAGUUUCUAGAAAAAUACAUUGAUUAAGUAGGUGAGGGCUAUAUGCUGGUGGAUGUAAUUACAACUAAAAUUAAAUUUAUAGGAAAGGUCUGAUUUUUCUCUUCCUGGUGUGGGAGGAUUCUGUCAGUUCAGGCAGUUGAAUUUGAAGUAAUGGCAAAAGAAGAAUUCCUGGUAGGUACACAUACCCAGUCUAUAUGGCUAAGAAAAUGUAUGCAAGAGUCUGUAUAUGAGCCAAAUAUAUCUUUCUAUUAUUUCACAUUACAGUAAGCUGUAUAUGAAUAUAUAGUCUCUGAAAGGAGAGAGGGACUAUCUUUAGCUUUUUAGGCUUUAUUGAGGCAAAAUAAAGUUAAUUAAUGGCUUCAUCCCUUUUACCUGCAAUCAUUGAUAAUUUUAGCUGUGUAUUAUAUAGUCCUGGCUCUUUCUUCCAUAGGAUUUAGGUUUGGAUAAAAUGACAAGUUUGUGCUUGGAAAACUUUGAUCAAUCUAUUAUCUAAACAUUUCUCCAUUUGAGCAGUACUAAGUGAAAAGCCACAAAUUCUCUGUUGAAUCCCUCUUCAGUUGAAUGUGCUUUUGUUGUUCUGGAUACCUCACACAGUAGAAUGUGCUUUUGUUGUUCUGGAUACCUCACACAGUAGCACAAGCAACAGAUAAUUUCAUUUUCUGUCCAUCUUCUGUAGAACAGCCUUAUGAAAUCUGGGGCACCAGUUGCAGGGCAGAGGGACAGCUUGGAUGUGUGCUGCUCUCCACUGGCUGCAGGGGACUAGUGUGCAGGUCUCUCAACUACUAGGAUACAGGACUAGCAUCAGGGCACCAGUUUUGUAGGAAAUAGGAAUAAAUGUCUGGACUAUUUAUUGUUGUAAUGGCACUAGUAAGAGGUGAGGAGUGCUGAAAAGUCUCAGCUGCUCUGAACCAGGGCUGUUAUCUCUGAUGGGCUCCCAUACCUAGUUGGACACUUGAGUAAGGGGAGAAGGGUUUUGUGACACUUGGCAAGGGAGGGAAAUUCCGCAGCUAUGUCAGGAAAUGUGGAUUAAAGUUGCAAUGCAGUCAAGCUUGGCUGAUUCUGGUCUCGGCUCUUGAUGCAUCAAAUUAUGAAGAGAGCUGUAGGAGCAGUAGAUUUUUCAGGGUUCUGGUUAAACUGAAAAUAUUCGGGGAGGGUUGGAAAGACCAAAUUCCUCUGUUAUUGAGGAUUUAAUUUAUUGACAAAUGAAAAAUGAGAAAAAAAAUGGGUGAAACUAUAUAUCCCAUUUAGGAAAUACUAUCUUUGAGGGUUAAAAGGUAUUGUGCAAACAUAGUAGGCAAUUAUGAAUAUUGCCAGAAAAAUGAAGAUGAAGUUUUGGGUUUUUUUUUUAGAAUGCAUUAGUAUCUGAAAAAGCUUUAUGCUUAUUUAUUUCAAUGUAUUUCACAGCUAAGGUAACAUCUGCACGGCACAAUCUAGUACCCUUAUAAAUACUCCCACUUCUGAAUGAGUUCACUUCUCAGGAUAAUUAGCUGUGUAGGAAAGAAUUUAACUCAGGCAGUGUCAUGCUUGCAUAGCUGCACUGCUUCUGGUAACUAUGUUACAUUGGGUAUUAUUAUGUGAAACCAGUUGUACCAUACAGACAUCUGAAAUGCUCUGUCAUCAAGAUCCAGUUGGGCUAGACAAUGUCUCUGCAUGUGUUGGCAAAAAAAAAAAAUCUGUAUUUAUGUGUUUAUUAGACAUUGAAAACUCUUUCAGUUUUCUGGGUUUCAUGAAUCAGUAUUCUAACAUCUCAUUUCUGUUCCCUUUGAAAAUACCAUUGUCAUUCUAUGCUUCCAAAAGAAAAUAUUUUCAUUGAAUGAAAAUCUUAGCUUAGAACCGUGAGAUAUUUGAAGAUUUUGAAGUGCUGUUGAUAAAUGCAGUGUUAAUGAUCUUACAGAUAUAAGUUUCUGGGUAAGAUUUUUUCUAAAUAGAAUCAUCCCUUUUUUUUUUUGUUGUUAAUGUUAAUUGGUAUUUUAUGUUCAGAAGAGGUUAAAACUGGCAGGCUGGGAUCCCUUGCUUUCUUUCUGUUUGUGAUUGUGAUGCUGAUAGCCUAACUCUGAACUUGUGUAGGGCUGCUCGGCUCUUCCAGUGUGACAGAUGAGCAUUUCUAGAAAUGAGAAGUAAUUGAAUCUCAGCACUUAGAAAUGCCUUGUGUGCUUUUUGAAAAGAGACCACCAGCUGUGUUGUGCUGAAUUAAUUGCACUUACUUUGGUAAUGUGUGUGUCUGUCCAGUAAGAACAGAAAAUAACAUUUUCAUUUUAGGAAAGUCUGUGGGUUCAUUUUUACUCACUAGAAGCAGUAUAGUUAAAGCACUAAAACUCUACCUCUAUUCUUAUUAGGUUUGCAGUCCAGAAUUAGAAGGAGCAUAUUCCUAAUGUGUAUAUACCUCUCAGUACAAUGCUGUGCAGAUUUUCCAGCUGCAAUACCUUGGUCCUUAACUUGCAACCCGUGUUGAAGUAUUGCAUGCGGGACUCUACUGAAUAGUUUUGAGAUUGUGGUGUUUCUGGUACCUUUUCUAGGACAAGCGCAGUUUCUGCUGUUGUGUGAAGUGGUAAAGAAGUUCUUUCAGCUCAACAGUACAUGUGGAUAUUGCAGAUCUCAGAAGACUUUUGGGAUCAUACCAUGGAAAAAAAAGUCCAAAUUUGUUCAGUGCAGAACUGAGAAAACCUGCUAAAUUGUUAAGUGUAUCAGGGCCAAAAUAAGAUGAAGCCUUUUAACUUUCUGGGUUGGCAUCUCUCAAAUGUAUUUCUGAAAAUAUUGAUAAAGGGAUAAGGAGGUGGUGUGGCUUUGGCCAUGUGUGGACACAGCUGUGUGUGAUCAAAGCAGGAAAGCUGCAUAACUGUGUGCCUGAACCAUUUGCAUGCAGGACCAGCACAUACUUUUGGGAAUCGGGCUUCUUUAUAUACCCCAUGUUUCUCCCCCAUCAGCCUCCUCAGCAGAUGUGCAUUUAGACUACAUACUUGAGUAAUGAUCUGUGUCAAAAAAUAGUACAUUGACGUAACCGAAUGGUGGCUACAAGUAUUGGGAGAUUCAGCCGUCUCCUUUCAAGGGAUAAACCAUAUAGGUUGAUUGUCUUUUCCAUCUGAAAUCCACACACAGUGAAGAUUGUCUACUGCAAAUACUGUGCUUCUGUGAACCUUCUAGACAAUGCACAGUUAUUUUGAUUGUAUUGCAGCUUCUACAAAAUAGCCUUGUUCUUCAGGCUUAAUUGGAACUGAGAUGUGAAACAUCCGUGCAAGGUGACUGAUAGUGGCAAUGCGGAGCUAUGCAACAUUCCCUUACAAAAUUUUAAUGAGUUCAUAUUGGGUACUUCCCUGAAGAACCCACUUCCCCCCAUUGUGUGUAUUUUAAGAUAUCUAUAAUGCAAUAAUAAAAUCUACUUUUUGGCCUGUAUCAUACAAAUAUUAUUGGAUAGACAUAGCUUAGCAAUCCAUUACAGUGUUCUCAAAAUGCUGCACAAUUGGGUUUUCUUUAAUAUAUACAGUUUCAUGUCAGAAUGAAUGAAUACAGAUUAUUCCAUUAUAUACACUGGAAAAUGGUUCAGAAGUGUCAGUUUGAAGGUUUUGGUAAAAAUUCAGGUUUUGCAGGUGAAAAGUGAUCUUUGAUACAACUUCCUUCAUGAUCAUUUUGGGGAUGUAAAGCUCAGCAUUUUAACCAGGUCUUUAUUCAGGUUAGAUUUAGUAGAUUAGAGUAGUUUUUAAAAAUAUCUGUAAAUAUACACAAACUUUUGCUAUACCAAGUAUGUCUGCUGAUCCUCGUUUAUUUAUUACCUCUAUGGAAGUAACCUAAGCUUGUUCUUGACUUGCACGCUGCUAAUAGUAUCCUGAUGCACUUCUAAACCCUGCAACUCUUAAAGGGUAAUAACAAAUUAUUCUCUGAAUUAUAUCUGGAUAUAUUAAAUUUUCAGGCUUGCUUUAUUGCACAGUGAAUGUUAUCUGACAGUAUUCAGUGUUUUGAGGAGGAUAAAAAAGGCAGGCAGGUUUCUAUAUCAUAUAGUUUCUUACUGCAUCUGUUAUGUGAAGAGUGCCAUUUUGAGUAGCUUAUAUUUGGUUAGCUGAUACCAUGAUAUUUUUCCCGUGUUUCCUUUUUACAUAGGAUUAUAUUUUUCUUUAAUAUGAUGAGUUAUAGCAGCUGUCUUGCGAUCCCUGUGUUAUGGAAGUUACAUGGGACAUGACAAUGUUGGAUGCUCUGCUAUGCCUGACCCAGAUGAUGUAAAAAUGGGGAAAGAUGAAUUCUAUCAAAUCAGUUGAAGAUCACACUAAAGAGGAAACAGAUCUUUAUUAUGCAGAAGCCAUUAUAAGACAACCACAAUUAAUAUACAGAUUUUGAUACGUCCAGCUGCUGAAAACCCACCAGAUACAAUGUAAGCAUGUAAAAAUCCGAACAGUUUUUACUUUGGCAUUUUGACCAUAUUUGCUUUCUGGUGCAAUAAAUAGCAAAAUAUUUCGUCAUAGUCAGCAAGCUUUGCAGGUAAUAACAGCUUUUCUCUACUCUCGUAAAUAUUUUUCAAUGUCUCCACUUAAAAUAUUUAUUAAAUAUAGGAGGGAAAGGGAAAUUAACUGCACUGUAGGAAUAUAGUAUUUACAACAUUAUAAAAAAAAUCCAAAAAUGAAGUCUUGGUGCUGCCUUUCUGUCUGACGCUUUUGUAGGUGCUCUGUCUCCUUAACAUGUGGUCCUUGAAAUCAUGCAUGCAUCUGUUGUUUAGGAAUAUGUUUACUGUGGCCAUAAUCUUAAAAAAUGACCUGUUACUACCCAUCUUAUAAGACCAAACCAUUUGUUUCCAUAAAGAUGAAACAUCCUGAGCUGCAAAGUAGUCAGCAUAAAUUACAGGUAAUUCUCACCUAUACCAACCAGACUUCUAGGUUUCAACCUGAACUUCAGCAAUGUCAAUCCAAAUCUGAACUUUAGCAGGUUAUAUUUGAAGUAGCAGAAUGGAAUAUCUUGAAGCUUUUUGUACUAUAAACAUAUGAAGAAUUCUGUGACUUGAUUACUAUAGACUGAAAACAGUUUCUGCCUUAGUUCUCAAUAUUAUUUUCAAAUUUUCAGACCUUAACUAAUUCAAAUGUUAUUUUUUUUUUCCUCUUCUUUGAAAUGUUUCUUUUUCUAAGGAAAUGUAUGUUUUUAAAUAAGCUCUAAGGACAUUGUGUUUGAGCACAAGUACAUACAAUUCUUUGAAGACAUUUUUUGAGAGUACACAUUCCUUAUGUCUUUGCCCAAUUGCAAAGCUAUCUAGUGGUGAAUCACUUAUCUGGCUGAAGUUCAAUAUCAUGACCUCUAUAAAAUGAGAAGUACAUAAGUAACAGUUUUUAAAGAAAAAUAAUGUUAAGAUGCUGGUUACUCCGACUGGUCCUGUAAUUCCUCCUUGCAUGUUUUGCAGAAGCAAACACUGCGACACUAUAUCCAUCAGCAUAAGGAUUUAUCUCAGUUUCAUUGCAGCUGGAGUCAAUGACUUCAUACUGAAAAAGGAUCUCAGAGAAGAUGAAAAUGUGGAUGAGGAAGAAGAAGAAGAAGAAAGGGUCUUCCUCAAGCCUGUUAUUGAGGACAGAAAUAUGGAACUGGCCCGAAAAUGCAGUGAAAUAAUAAGUGAUAUACACUAUAAAGAAGAGUUUAAAAAAUCUAAAGGCAAGUGUAUAUUUGUACCUGACACCCCACAGCUAAAACAUGUGAAAAGUCUUGGAGCUUUUAUUUCUGAGGUGAAGUAUAAGGGAGCUGCUAAGAAAGACCUUUCCAACUCUCUUUAUCAGCAGAUGCCAGCCACAAUUGACAGUGUAUUUGCAAAAGAAUUAACACAACUUCAGAGCAAGGUUCUCUAUAAACAAAAACAUGAUGCUGAGAAAGGAACUUCAGAUUAUGCACACAUGAAGGAGCCUCCAGAUAUCAAGCAUGCCAUGGAAGUAAAUAAAUACCAGAGUGAUGUAUCCUAUAAGAAGGAUGUGCAAGAUACUCACAGAUACACCGAAGUGCUGAACAGGCCAGACAUAAAGAUGGCAACAGAGAUAACAAAGAUAAUAAGUGAUGCUGAGUAUAAGAAAGGAAGGGGAGAGAUGAAUAAGGAGCCUGCUGUACUUGGAAGACCAGAUUUUGAACAUGCUAAAGGAGUUUCAAAACUGUUAAGCCAAGUGAAAUACAAAGAGCAGUUCAAUAAGGAAAUGAAGAGCCACCAGUACAAUCCUCUUGACAGUGUUUCCUUCAAGCAAGCACAGAUUGCAUCCACCUUGGCGAGUGAUGUGAAUUACAAGAAAGAUUUGGGAAGCCUACAUGAUCCAGCCUCUGAUCUACCAAACCUGCUAUAUUUAAACCAUGCUUUAAAUAUCAGCAAAAUGCAUAGUGAUUAUGAAUAUAAGAAAUCAUUUAUGCAAAGCAAGGGCUUCUAUCAUUUCAUCCCGGAUACAGCUGAACAAAUUCAUCACAAAGAAAAUGCACUGCUUCAAAGUCAGGUCAAGUACAAAGAGAAUUAUGAAAAAUCUAAAGGCAAAUCAAUGCUGGAGUUUGUGGAUACACCAAUGUAUCAAGUUUCAAAGGAGACUCAAAAGAUGCAGAGUGAGAAAGUAUAUCGCAAAGAUUUUGAAGAAGAGAUCAAAGGAAAGCCCUCAAUGGAUUUAGACAAGACCCCAGAGUUUUUGCAUAUAAAACAAGUCACUAACCUUCUGAAAGAGAAAGAGUAUAGAAAAGAUUUGGAAGAAUGGAUGAAAGGAAAAGGAAUGACAGUGAUUGAAGAUACACCGGAUUUGAUUAGAGUGAAAAACGCAGCUCAGAUACUAAAUGAGAAACAAUAUAAGAAAGACCUGGAAACUGAAAUUAAAGGGAAGGGAAUGCAAGUUGGUCCAGAUACUCCUGAGAUAAGACGAGCCAAGAAAGCUUCUGAAAUUGCGAGCAUGAAGGAAUACAAGAAAGACUUGGAGAAUGAAAUCAAAGGAAAGGGCAUGGGAGUGGGCAUGGAUACCCCUGAUAUACAACGAGCCAAAAAAGCUUCUGAAAUCGUAAGCCAGAAAGAAUAUAAAAAGGAUCUGGAGACUGAAAUCAUAGGAAAAGGAAUGCAAGUUGGCCCAUAUACUCCUGAAAUACAACGCGUCAAAAGGGCUUCAGAAAUAGCAAGCCAGAAAAUGUACAAAGAUGAAGCAGAGAAGAUGCUCUGUAACUAUUCUGCUGUCCCAGACACUCCAGAGAUGGAGAGGAUAAAAAGUACUCAGAAAAACAUCAGUUCAGUGUUUUAUAAGAAGGAAGUAGGAGCUGGCACAGCUGUAAAAGAGACUCCGGAGAUUGAAAGAGUAAAGAAAAAUCAACAGAAUAUUAGUUCGAUCAAAUACAAAGAAGAAAUUCAGCAUGCAACAGCUAUUUCUGAUCCACCUGAACUAAGGAGAGUUAAGGAAAACCAGAAGAAUAUUAGCAAUGUUCAGUACAAAGAACAGCUCUACAAAGCUACGCCUGUGAGUGUCACCCCUGAGAUUGAAAGAGUCAAGAGGAAUCAAGAGAAUGUCAGCAUGGUUCACUACAGAGAGCAGCCUGGCAAAGCUACUGCUGUGAGUGUCACUCCUGAGAUAGAGAGAGUCAAGAAGAAUCAAGACAAUAUCAGCUCGGUCAAGUACAGCAGUGAUCAGAGGCAAAUGAAAGGUAGACGUAGUGUGCUGCUAGACACACCUGAGCUAAGGCAUGUCAAAGAAACACAAAACAACAUCUCAAUGGUAAAAUACCAUGAAGAUUUUGAGAAGACAAAGGGCAGAGGCUUCACCCCAGUGGUAGAUGAUCCUGUAACAGAGCGGGUGCGUAAAAACACCCAAAUUGUGAGUGAUGCAGCAUAUAAAGGUGUGCAUCCACAUAUUGUUGAAAUGGAUAGAAGACCUGGAAUAAUUGUUGAUCUUAAAGUUUGGCGCACAGAUCCUGGCUCCAUCUUCGACAUUGAUCCUCUGGAGGACAAUAUUCAGUCUAGGAGUCUACAUAUGCUUUCUGAAAGAGCAAGUCGUUACAGUAAACAGUAUUUACAUUCUACCGGUUUGGGAGAUUACAAAUCAGAUGGCUCUGAGACGAACCCUACCUUUUCUUACUGCAGUGAGAUAACAAGGCCAUCAGAUGAAGGAGCUCCUGUUCUCCCUGGGGCAUAUCAGCAAAGCCAGUCCCAAGGAUAUGGAUACAUGCACCAGACCAGUAUGUCGUCCAUGAGAUCCAUGCAUUCGCAGCCUCAUUCAGCAGGUCUGAGAACAUACAGAGCUAUGUAUGACUACAGUGCUCAAGAUGAAGAUGAAGUUUCCUUCAGGGAUGGUGAUUAUAUCAUCAAUGUGCAACCAAUUGAUGAUGGCUGGAUGUAUGGUACUGUUCAGAGAACUGGGAAAACAGGAAUGCUUCCAGCAAAUUAUAUUGAGUUUGUUAACUGAUUUUUGUCUCUAGUCCUUUGAGCUUUAUUAUGAUUUACUCAAAAUCUUAACCUUUUAGAAAAAGUCAGAAGAAUCUUUUAAGAUUACAUGUUCAUUACUUUAUCACUGCUGUAACAGUCUGCAUUCUCACUCAGAAUUCAAGUUAAAGUCCUUUAAAGUAAAAAUAAAUAAUCAACAAGAAGCUUAGAGCUUUGAAAACAGCAUUGCUUAUAAUAAUGCUCCUUCAAAAUGAAAAACAUAUAUGGAAGCCUUGUGCUCAUCUUAUAAAGAUUUCAGUCAAUUCACUGUAAAGGGGAAAUACCUUUUCCCUGCAUCUCAGAGACAUUAUUUCUCUUUAUAACCACCAUAAAAUUGAUUCACUUCUUAUGGCACUCUGAAGUCACAGGAGUUUAACCCACUGAGUUUGAACACAUCUUCAAAUUACUAGGGAAGUGUUUCGUCUUGCAGCAGUUAGCAUUCAAAUAAAAAUAAAAAUGCUGAGUAGAUAAUUGAAUCUUUUGAAAUAAUGGCAAGUAAUAUACUAGUAAAAACAAAUAAAAAACCCUACUGCCCAGCAGCCUUCCAGUAAACAAGUCUGUUUUGACAGCAAAAAUUUCCUGAUUCUUGCACAUCCACACUUAUUCCCAGAUUGCCCAUUUUCUCUUAUUCCCAACACUGACCCCUCUAUCAGCUUUGCUUGCAUCCCAGUCCAUCAGUUGGAUCCAUGCCUGGAUUAAUGGUUCUUCAGUGUCUUUUCAACAAAAAAUUCAUUGCAAAGACUAUUUAGAGUAUAAAACCUGCCAACUCUUAUUUUUCCUUCUAAUAAUACUUAGCAUUUAAAUAGAAACUUCCAUUAGAGCAAUGGACAACCAAUACUUCAAGUCAGUUCCUUUGCCUUCACUGUAUUGCUGUAAAUAAAUAGCCUGAGGCCCCAGUGCUGUGCAGUCACACAAAGCCUGCAGUCAUGUCCCUCCUUCUCAUCACAGGUAACUCGCUUAAUGGCUGCUUUGCUGAUGGGCUAAUUAACGUACCUACCCCUGCUGCAGAAAUACUUGCACCUCCAUUGAGGAGUGAAGAGCAGCUCUGGUAAUUUUAGUGCAAUUUCAGCUCAAUGGCCUGUUGCUUCAGUUUCCUCCAAAAAUGCUGGAGAUCCAGUGGUGGGUUGUAUGCUUGCCAAAUGAUUAAAGGUGAAGAAAUAUGUUUUCUUUUACUGAUUUAAUCUUUCUCGUGACUGACAGUGAAGGGAAAACUAACCAAACAGAAGUCCAACAUACUCUAUGCCAUCAUGUUUCAGUUUAGCCAUUUGUAGAAAACACUAAAGAUAUCUUGCUGACAAACCUUCACAGAUGCUAUUUGGCAUCCAUUAACAUACGAUCAGAACGGAGAGAGCCAGGUCUCAGCCUGAGAGGCUGAGGAGGAGAUAAAAUAACUGGUGACAUAACUGACCUGUAAGAGGAACUGUGUCAGCAGCUGCUUUACUUGGACUGGGUGCUGGGAGGGUGCUCCAUUCCCUCCCAGGGAGAGACUCUGAGAGGAAGGACAAAAGAGUUAAAGAUUCACAUGGGAACUUACUCAUGUGGACGCAUACCUGUGUAAGGAAGAAAAUAUUUUUGCCGAUAGUAUAAUUUCUGGUGUGCAGCCAUGUGCUAGAGAAGUUAAUCCUGGAGUAGCUCUUAGAAUGUUGAGUCUGUGCUGAAAUUUUUAAAGUAGAAUGAAAUAUAGAGUUUAUAGAAAAUUUUAUAUUUCUUAUUUCACAAAGUAAGCCAGCCUGCAAUAUCUAUUUAAAGAAUGAAGAAGGAAGGCAGUAUGAAUUCGUUAUGUCAACUAAAAAUUGUCAGUGCAAAUACCUGCUAAUUCUAUUUUUGCAUACAAUUAGGAAUUGGAGAGCUUAUGCGAUUUUUUGUAAGUGUUGCUAACAUGGGACUGAUCCCAGAUGCCAAACAAGGUGAAAUGACUGCAUUAAAAAAAAAAAAAGUCCAUGACUGCAGAAUUGCCUGUGCUUUCUUGUCAGCUGCUUAAUUUCAAAGCUAAAGCUGAUCAGAAGCAUCUACCUUCAAAAAAUGUGGUUUUAAACCAGGGAUGGAAUACAGUAAAUAUGCAAUCUGUAUGGGUGACACUGCUGUAGUUUAAAAUGCGUGGAAGUUUUGCAUAUGGACCUGCUGCUGCAACAGACCCUUAUGCGUUACUGGUGACUUCACACUAAAUUAGCACGAUUUGCAAGUCAAGUGGCUUUUGAAAAAGGCUGAUGUGAUAAGCUGAGCUAGAAGCUCUGAAACAAGCAGUCUGCUUCUGUGUUGGUUUUCAUCACUAACCAUCAACAGUGAGGAAGGGAAUCCCAUUUUAGGAGGGCUGGCAAAUUUUUCUGAUGAUGCCUGAGGCAGAACUGGCUAUCAGUUGCUGCUGUGCUGCUCUAUUAUCUGGGUAAUGCUGAGAACAAUAAAACCAAGUUGUCAGUUUGUUAACCAGACAUUACUAAAAAGAAAGCUGAGAAUAGAUAUAUUGCAUCAAGUUGCAAUUUUUAUUUGACUUAUGAAAAAGAAAGUCUCCACCUAUAAAUACACUAGCAUUCUUUGUCAGUGAGGAGAUGGCUUGCAGUGUUGAAAACUGUAUGCAUAGUGGAAAGUAAAUGAGAAAAUGAGCAUUCGAUGACAUUAGAGGACUAUGUUAUGCUAAACAAUGGAAAUAAAAUUUCCCUUAUGGAUUUUGAAUAUUCAUUAGCCUAGCAAAGCAGUUAAAGCAGUUUGCAAAAUAAUAAAGGUCAAGAAAACAAAACAGUAUUUGACUUGUAUUUCUCUUGAGAAUGGUAUGUCAGCAGAAUUAUUAAGAUCUGUUUUAAAUUACUCAUUCAUGUCAUCAGGUUUUUAUGUUGUAAUGUUAUAUGCUUAGUAAUUUUUGGUCAUAUGGAAUGGUUUCUGCUUUUUAGUAUAAAACAAACUUUAAUGUCAUUGUUCAGCUUUUUCUAAGCAAUGCUAUCAAAGGCCCAAAAUUAUCAGAGUGCAAUUGUAAAAGUUUUUUAAGAUCUAAAAUUUAUAAGGUAGGAAAAGUUGAAUCAGCAACUAAAUUGUGUCAGAACGGGUUUUACAAGGCAUGUGUUGGAGCCUGUUACAUGCAGUGGGAUGUAGAGGUGAACAGAUGUUAUAUGCUGUCUUGUCACCUUUAAAGUGUAUAUUCUUUUUUAACACAGCAUGUUCCUCUCAUUUUACUUUCUUCCUGUAGUCAGCAUUUUUCUGGGGAAAGGAAAAAACUUCCAAGGAGCCAAAUUUCCCAAGAUGUUCCAAAGUUCAGGUUGGAAGUUCAUACAUUCCCAUUUUGAGCAUUUUAGAAAUAAAGAAGAUGCAAUGUGCUGUAAUUCUUGCUAACACAAGUAUAAAUAUAGAAAACAACAUAGAGCACAUUCAUACAUAUAUAUAAGAACAAAUGGGUGCCUUGCUUUUCAUUACUAUUUCUUGCCUGGCUAAUCUUCAUUUUCUAAACAAAGCUACUUACAGAUACUGCAGUUGUAAUUUUUCAUUAUGGAACAUUAGCAUUUAAUCUUGAUGAAACAGGGUUUUCUUGAUUACAUUUGACAUACCAUAAACCACUUCAGCAGAUUGGGAUUUGACAGAAAAUCACCUCCCAUGGAUUAUAUUUUUGACAAAUGUGUCCCUCCUGAGUGUUCCUCGGGGAUAUGGAAGGUCUCCAAUACUUGGGAAAGGUAAUAAUUCUAGUUUUUAUUGUACAGUGACUGCAUGUCAUCUUGUACAAUGAAAAAGAAAUGACAAAUACAGAACUCUUUGGCAGAAAAUGAUACAGGGUAUAAAAUGUUAGAUUUUAAUUAUGUUGAUUAAUACUCCAUUUAAAUUACAGAAUAUGCUUUAGUUAGUAAAUGUUUAAAUAAUAUACUGAAACAGACAAAAGAUGCUGUUGAAAGACGAUGUCCAAACUGAUGUGCUGGCAAAUGCAAAGUACGGGUGAGCUGUAGAAGAUUAAAUCAUUUUGCAAUGCUUUAGUGAUUUUCUCCAGCUUUAUGCCUUAGGAACCCCAUCUCUCCUUUUGAAAGAAAACCUGAAAGCUAUAUUUCCUAAACUGCCUGCACCACAACAGUAUAUUCAAAGGAAUUUCAUAUGCUUCUUGUGUCUGAUAAAUAGAAUUUGCUUAUUGUACUUAAGUUGUAAUCCAGUUGUUGUUGACUUUUGUUUAAUUAUUAUUAAUUUAGGGGGAAAUAAGCUAUACUGUAGCAUUUCAAUUGUGUAUUUAAUAUUACUAUUAGAAAUUGCUAGACCUUUGGAAGACAGCAAUGACUGUAUUGACAUUGAUUAGCAUGAUGUGGAAACUCUCUCAGCUGUUGGUUUUUGCAGUGUGAUAUAAAAAGCAAAAAUGAACCGCUGUGCAGUUUGGCUUAUGUUUGCUUUAAAGUGUGUAAAGUUUUAGUUAUUUUGCAAAACUGUACUGUAUUUGGGAGUAUAAAAUAAUGGAAGGCAACAAUUGUGUUUCAAAGGACAGAUAUACUUACUCUUGGAUCAUAUGAUGUAUCAUCUUGAUUUGGCUUUUGUUAUGCAGAAAGUUAACACCAGCUAUUAAAAUAUAUUUUAGUAGAAAUGCUUUAAUUCCUUUUUCUUCCUCUACACUGUGAAUAUUUAAGCCUUGGUGGACUAGAGCAACAUCGUUCUGCCCAAAGUAUUAACCUAUGCAAACUAGUUCACAUUUUAGUUGAUGUCACAGUGGAUGUAACAUAACAAUUUAUUUUGCAUAACAUUAAAAGUAAUUAAAAUAAAAUAUUAAACCAGCACUA